AUGGAGCUGGGAAAAGAAAUGUUAUCCUGUAAUAUGCAGGACUUACAGAGAGAUGACAAGUGGGUAAGAGUAGGGCUCACCAAUGGCGUGGGAAGGAGGUUGCUUGAGUUAUUGCAGUUUAUUUUGUUAUUUAUACAUUAUAAGUUAAACAUUAAAUAUCAGUAUUCUAUUCUUCAUAGUGCAAACAAUAUUAAAGGAGCACUAUAGGGUCAGGAACGCAAACAUGUAUUCCAGACCCUAUAGAGUUAAAACACUAUCUAGCCACCCUGGUCCCCUCAUGCCUCCCUAAAUAUAAUAAAUCUUACUUGUAUUCAAGUCUGAAACUGCCUGUUUCCUUUAGACCUGCCCACUGCCUGCUGACAUCAGCAGAAGUGGUAGCCUGAUCCAAUCACAAUGCUUCCCCAUAGGAUUGGCUGAGACUGACAAAGAGGCAGAUCAGGGGCAGAGCCAGCACAAUUCAAACACAGCCCUGGUCAAUCAGCAUCUCCUCAUAGAGAUUAAUUGAAUCAGUGAAUCUCUAUGAGGAAAGUUCAGAAAAAAGUCCUGAUAUAGCUCGAGGCAUUGAAAAAUAUAUCUUACACUGAAAUAUGAAAGAUGUUGCUGAACUACAACUCCCAUGAUUCUUUCAAUGAAACAGAUAGCCGGGGAAUCAUGGGAGUUGUAGUUUAGCAACAUCUAGGGGGCCGCAGGUUGGACAGCCCUGCUCUAGUGGCUGUCUACCAGACAGUCACUAGAGGGCUUUCUGGGUCGAAAUGGCACUUUACACACCCACUGCCAGUGGCGUACACAUGACCCAUGGGGCCCCGGUGCGAAAAUUGAUCCGUGGGCCCCCCCCGCAACACAUGGCGGCGGGCACCUGGUCGCAGGGCUUGCAGGGCUGCGACCCUGCGACCGCGGUAUGCACACACACUUAAAGGACCACUACAGACACCCAGAUCACAUCAGCUCAAUGAAGUGGUCUGGGUGCCAGGUCCCUCUAGUUUUAACCCUGCUGCUGAAAACAUAGCCGUUUCAGAGAAACGGCUAUGUUUCACUGAGGGUUAAUCCAGCCUCUAGUGGCUGUCUCAUUGACAGCCGCUAGAGGAGCUUCCGCGAUUCUCACUAUGAAAAUCACAGUGAGAAGACACUGGAAGUCCAUAGGAAAGCAUUGAGUAAUGCUUUCCUAUGGGCGGUUUAAAUGCGCGCGCACCUCUUGCCGCGCAUGUGCAUUCGGAGCUGAUAGGAGGAGGGAUCCCCAGCGCCAAGGGAGUCUGACGCUGGAGAAAGGUAAAUGCUGAAGACACACACACACACACUCUCACGAACAGACACAUACACACUAGCUAACAGACACACACAUUUAAUGACAGAGACACACUCAGUGACAGACAUACAUACACACUCACAAAACAUACACUUUCAAUGACAAACACACACUCACUAACAGACAUCAAACACACUCAGUAACAGACACACACAGUAACACACUCACUAGCAGACACACACCCAAUAACAGACACACUCACUGACACAUACACUAACACACACACACACACACACACACACACACACACACACUAACACAUACACACAAACACUAACACACACACACACACACACUAACACACACAUUUUUUUUAAAAUUUAAUCCCCCCCAGCCUCCUUACCUUUUGGAGUGCUGGGGGGAUUCCCUGGGGUCCAGUGGUGCCGCUGGGCGGGCAGGCUGGCUGUCUGGGUGGCCGGUGCGCGAGGGAGAACUCUCCCCUAAGUGCUUCCUCUUCAGCUCCCUCGCGCGCUGCGUGGGGAUGCCGGCGCCGGAAGAUGACGUUAUCUUCCGGCUCCGGCAUCAGUGCGGUGCGCGAGGGAGCUGAAGAGGAAGCACUUAGGGGAGAGUGCUCCCUCGCGCACCGGCCACCCAGACAGCCAGCCUGCCCGCCCAGCGGCACCACUGGGGGGUCCUGGGGUGGCCGGCUCCUGGGCCCCCCAGGAGAAGAGGCUGGCCCUGUGGGUACAUACCGGGUCGCAGGGGCGGCCGGGCCCCCUGGUGGGCCGGGCCCUGUCACAGCCGCGACCCCUGCGACCCUGGUAUGUACGCCACUGCCCACUGCAUGAGGACACUCAGUCAGAUUUUUCCCCAUAGGCAAUCAUUGAUUCAAUGCUUUCCUUUGGGGAGGUCUAAUGCGCUUGCUGCAUUUGCCACGCAUGCACGUUAGCGCCCGCUCGUCACAGGGCGGAGGAAGGGCGGGAUAAGGUAAGUAAAUAAAUGUUUUUUACCCAGCUGGGGGACUCAAGGUAGGGUGGGAGGAAGGGGAAACAAUAGUGCCAGGAAUACAGCUUUGUAUUCCUGUCACUAUAGUAUCCCUUUAACAAAAGAAGUCAUUGAUGUGAUGAGACUGCAAGAUUUCAAUCAUUCUGUUAAUAAAUAUGUACGAACAGUUUUUGAGGGCUCUGCAUAUCUCUGUGCCUCCAUCCAAUAGUGGCAUCACUCUAAGGGGAGCUGGGGAGCCAUAAACCUCCUACCUUGCAGAGAUACAGACCAUUCCCCACUGGCCCUGCAUAGAUCAAUGACCCCUGCUGGACAAUCCUAUAGAAAGUUAAGCAGGAGGUGCGUGGUUAAUUAAAAAUCAAAACGCUAAAUUAAAUAAUGAAAUUUGUGAGGAGUCUGUUGUUACAAUACAAACAGCCUUCCCACACACAUCACACAGACACCACACACACAGCCAUCACACACAUAGCCAUACACAUACUCAUCACAUACAACCACCACACACAGCUGCUAUACAUACCUUACACACAUAGCUGCACAAACACAUACAUCACAAGCACAGCUGACACACACACAGACACACACAUCAACACAGCUUCCCUACACCACACACAUCACUGUAAGUUUUAUAACAGUACCCCAGCCAUCACAAAUGGGCUGUGUGUGAGGACUAUAAAUAGUUAAAUAAGUUAGAACCUAGUGAUACCCACCUCAGCCCCAAUCCAUUAGCAGUGUGUAGAGACUAUAAUUAUAAUAUAAGGGGGGGCCUAAUAUCUAAUUAUAAUUUACAAUUGAGGAUAGUGGACAUGAUAUUGUCCAACCCACCCAAAUUGCCAUUGUCAUCCCCCCGGGUGGCUAGGAGUUCCCAAUCCCCUAGCCACACACCCCUUAAAAUUAAUUCGCCCUACCUAUCCCGUCUAACCCUAAUAAUAGUGAGGAGACUAUUAAAACGAAUACCUGCCAGUGGGAAAAUAAUUUGGAUUUUUACAAAUCUGGGCCUGACUUUGAAAUCCAAUGUAGUAGAGCAGCAGAAAAUGCUAGCAGAAUGCUUGGUUGUAUAGGGAGAGGUAUUAGCAGUAGAAAGAGGGAAGUGCUCAUGCCAUUGUACAGAACACUGGUGAGACCUCACUUGGAGUAUUGUACACAGUACUGGAGACUGUAUCUUCAGAAGGAUAUUGAUGCCUUAGAGAGGGUUCAGAGAAGGGCUACUAAACUGGUUCAUGGAUUGCAGGAUAAAACCAGGAAAGGUUAAAGGAUCUUUUGAUGUAUAGCUUGGAGGAAAUACAAUACAGGGGGGAUAUGAAAGAAACAUUUAAAUAUAUAAAGGGAAUCAACACAGUAAAGGAGGAGACUAUAUGUAAAAGAAGAAAAACUACCACAAGAGGACAUAUUCUUAAAUUAGAGGGGUAAAGGUUUAAAAAUUAUUUCAGGAAGUAUUACUUUACAGAGACAGUAGUGGAUGCAUGGAAUAGCCUUCCAGCUGAUGUGGUAGAGGUUAACACAGUGAGGGAGUUUAAGCAUGCGUGGGAUAGACAUAAGGAUAUCCUAGACUAAUGUAAGUAUUUAGAAAAUUAGGCAGACUAGAUGGGCCAAACAGUUCUUAUCUGCCAACACAUUCUAUGUUUCUAUGUUUACUUGAUUUAGGUCAAUUUUAUCACUGAUUUGCAAAAAAAAAAUGCUAAAAAUAUCUCCAUAGACAGCUGGAUGGUUUUGUCUUGUUCGUUAUGGGGCCAUUCGGAGUAAAUAAUCCUAUAAUAAAGUCUUACUAUGAUAAUAUCUAAAUUAUUUAUAAAUGCCUGCAAUUUUUGUGUUUAUGAAUGCUAGAAAAUGUGUUAUUAUAUUAAUUGAUGUUGGUUUUACAGGCAAGGAGAAAGAAGUAGACUAUUUUCUACUGAUCAAAACGCAAGCUUUGGAGAAAGAGUUAAUUCAAAAAUACUUGAUAAAGAGAGAUCUGGAAAUCUCCAAGUGGACCUCAACCAGGCCAUUAAUGAAAAAAAAAGUCAGAAUGCUUCACAAAAAGCCAUUACACUCAGGAGAAAACCCAUAUCUCUUUCAGCAUCACACUUCAGAAAAAAAUUAGAGGACUGGAAUGCCUUCUUCGAAAGAGUGCCAUUUAGAAAAUUUUCUAGAGUAUUAACUACCAAAUUGCCUCACAAUGCAUGGACUUUUAAGGAUAUUCCAUCAACCCGUCGUAUUUCCAUGACUACAAGGCGUUCUUUGAAGAUGAGUGAUUUUACUGCCGAGCCAAUGUGGGAAUUUGAUGACAAUUAUAUUGUGGACACAUUAUCCAGGCAAACAGUGAGUGUUUCUGGUGGAAUUUUACUGUUUGUAAUCCAUUUUGAGAAACAAAAUUACUCCUAAUUCUUAUUGCUGUUUCUGCAUGUCAUAUAGAGCAGGGGUGGGCAAUCUUCAGCCCUCCAGAUGUUUUGGACUACAUCUCACAUAAUGCUCUUAGGGCCAAAGCAUCAAGGGAGACGUAGUCCAUAACAUCUGGAGGGCCAAAGAUUGCCCACCCCUGAUAUAGAGCAUAUUCAAAUAUGCUUUCAGUUUUUAUAUUGGCCAUAUUAAAGUAUAACUGUAUUGGAAAGCAAUAUUUUCUGUUUAUAAAAACCUUUUUGAAACAAUUUUUAGGUUAUGAACUAAUUUUAAAUACAGAAAAAAAAAUAUAGUAAAUAAAAAGAAAUAGAGUAGUGAACAAUAUUGCUUUCCUGUCACAUUGGGUAAAUUUGACUUUCCAUACCCAAAAGAAAACACAACAAAGUCAGUAAAUGACAUUACAUUUCAUCCUUUGAAACCUUUAGUACAGCGAGAUGUUUAUAAAGGACAGGCUAGACAGAUAUAAAACAAUGCCUUAAGCUAGUUUCAGAUGUAUAAAACACAUAUUAAUUCAGGCACUCAAGGAUAAAAGCCCCAAAUCCUUUAUUUAGAGCAAAGAAAAACAGCAGCAACGUUUCGACCCUGUCAAGCUUGACAAAGACUCUGCUGGGUCGAAACGUUGCUGUUGUUUUGCUCUAAAUAAAGCUGCUAUUUUAGCUUUUAUCCUUAAGUGCCUGGAUUAAUAUUUAUUUUCUAUAUCUGGAAGUGAGACCCGGCCGUCCUCAGGUCCUGAGCUCCCUGGAAGCCUUGACAGUGCAGUAUCCAUUAUCUUUUCUACAUUAAAGGACCACUAUAGGCACCCAGACCACUUUAGCUCAAUGAAGUGGUCUGGGUGCCAGGUCCCUCUAGUGCUAACCCUGCAGCUGAAAACAUAGCAGUUUCAGAGAAACUGCUAUGUUUACACUGAGGGUUAAUCCAGCCUCAAGUGGCUGUCUCUCUGACAGCCGCUAGAGGCGCUUCUCACUAUGAAAAUCAUGCGCAUUCAGCGCCGACGUCGGCAGAGGGAGGAGAGUUCUCGGCGCUGGUGAAAGUUAAGUGGCUGAAGGGGUUUUAACGAGUUUGUUUUCCUGGCACUAUAGUGGUCCUUUAAGCAAGUUUCAAACAUGUCACCUAGUUAUAGCCAUAAAAAAAAGAAAUAGCUACCAUAAAAAAAAUGUUUUGCUACUGUAUAAAUCAGGCACUCAAGAUGUUACAUCUCGCCUGAUGCUUUGCCAGCAUUAUGUAUUACAAGAUACAAAUUUCAUCUGUUAUUUUACACACACACACACACACACACACAUAUAUAUUGCAGUACUGUUUAGUAGAUGUGUACCCACCACAUAAAGACCACAUAGGUUUUUUCAUUUCUAUUAAUUAAAAAAAAAAAAACUAAAUGUCUUGGCCAUUACUCAUUAAUUUGUGCUACUUUCAUUUGGCGUUUUGGAGUUGCAGAAUUAAGCCAAAUCGGACAAAUGACUGUUUGAAAAUGAAAAAAAAAAACAUACACAUCUGCCCUUUAUCCACACUGAUAAUAUCCUAGUACCCUCAUUCACCACAAAGCCAACAAGAGAGCUAAUUAUUUCCGAGUGUCCUAGACAUUCGUGAGAUCAGUUCAGGCACACCAAACCCACUAUAUUUACAGUGAUGGCUAACCUUGACACCAUAAAUUGUUUCUGGACUACAUUUCCCAUAAUGCUCAGCAUCAUGGGAGAUGUAGUCCAGAAACAAUUUUUGGUGUCAAGGUUAGCCAUCACUGCACUAGAACAUCUUUUGCAUGCAUUUUUUUUGUCUAGAUACUCUCUUUAGAUUGACUUUUUCAGUCUCUUUUUAUUAGAGCUGCCCGAUAUCUGUGAAAAUAAAGGCAAUGAACUCUUUGUGGCUGAAGGAGAAAUUUCUCCCACAAAUUACAAUUUUUAUGGAUAAUCGUCAUUUCAGUAAUCUAGAGUGGCAGAGACUGGAACAUUUCAUUCCUCCAUUUGGCUGGAUGGAAUUAAACUACACAGGUGAGAAUCGUGUAAAGUUAAAGUCCAUUUUACAUAGUACCUACUGUUGUAAUUUCAUUAGAACAUCAUUUUGUUAAUAGAUUAUAUUAAACAAUAGUUGAGGUUGGGGACAAAAGCCAAGGACUCUAGUGAAGAAGUUGGUUGUGAUAGGCCUAACAAAUUAAUAAUGAAUAAUAUUAGUUAAUGUUUGAGGCUCUACCGCUCGAAUUUCUGCGCGUAUAUUCUCCUUGAGCUACUCAAGUGUUUGUGGUUUGUUCAUGUACACCCACUGAAUUUUGGGGAUUUCUUGAAAUCAUCGUUCGCUGAACAGUUGUCUCAGUUUUUUUUUUUAAUACUUUAUUUUAGUUUUUAUAAAGAAUACGUACAAUACAGGCAUAAGAAACAUAAUGGUAAACAUCAUUGUAAUGAAAAAAAGUUACACCAUAGAUCAUAUUUCCAAUUAAUCAAUAUUCCAUGUUUUAGUGAAAUACAGGCUGUUGAGCUGGGCUUCCCGGUUGUUGGUCGCAAUAAGUGUCUUCUAGCUAGUCAACAUAAAAUAGCUUAUGAGGUAAAAGAGGGUUACUAUUUUACUAGCAUUUAGGUGGAGCAUAGCAGGAAGGUGUGUAAGUACAUGACAUGUUUCGUUAGUGGGGUCGCUUGUUUGCUGUUAAAUUUGGUCACUUUGUAAAGGUGAUUUCCUGAGUGGGUGUCAGUGUCAUCUCAUUCUGCAAGCAUGUCAUGAUGUAAUAACAGUGGCGUACUACCAGGGUCGCAGCUGCUACUGGGCCUGUUACUCCAGGGGGCCCAGCUGCCCUGUCAACUUCUGCAACCGUGGGCCGGUACCUGAAAGGGAGGGCUCAUACAGAGAAUUUCCUGUCAGAUUGGUUACCCCGGUCCACUCAGCCACGCUACUUGGAUAAGAGCGGGUGCAGAGGAGGAUUGGGGAAAUACAUUUGGAGGUGCUGGGGGUGGGAUGAGAAACAUGAGGAUAGAAAAAGGCACAUGGAUGGAUGAGACACAUGGAGGGUCUGAGGAGAUGAGACAAAUGGAGAGGCUAGGGGUGAAUGAAACACAUGGAGGGACAGUGAGAGAAUGAGACACAUAGGAGGCUGUGGGUGAUGAGACACAUGGAGCAGCUGAAGGGGAGAAUGAGACAAAUGGAGAAGCUGGGGGUGAAACAAAUGGAGGGGCUGAAGGGUGUGAGACACAUGAAGGUCCUGGGGAUGUUGAGUCACACAGUGGGUGUCCCAUGACAAUUUUUGCACCGAGGCCUGGUGGUUUCUAGUUACAACUCUGUGUACUAGUUAGAUUUUGAUUGCAAUUGUAACAGUUUGGGUGUGAUUGUAACAGUGUGGGGGUAGUGAGUGGCAGGUUGCGUGAGGGGAUCACAGUGUAUGUCAACUUAUUUUUGUAUUGGGGCAAUAUGUGGGGAGUAUGUGUUUAACAGAGUCUCCCCACAUAUUGAUUCCUUCUAGUGUUAUUAUUAUUAUUUUGUUUUAUUAAUUUGUCCUCUACUGCUACUGCUGUGGGCAAUAAUACAGUCCUUGGUGGUCCAGUGGGUCCGUGAUGGUAGGUGGGCUGCUGGUGGAGUCUCUGGUGGUCCACUGGGUCCCUGGUGGUCCGGUGGGCUGCUGGUGGAUUCCCUGGUGGUCCAGUGGGCUGCUUAUGCAGCUGCAUGCCUCACUGUCUGACACUUUCUCAUGAUGUUAGAGAGAAGGCUGGAAAACCAAAGAAAUGUGUUACUUGCUCACUAUCCAAAAUCCCUAUGCACAUUUAAAACAGUGGAGGUUUUUAGUAUCACUCCAAUGACCAUUUAAGUGUAAGCUGUCCUGCCACGUCAAGGCUAACAAUUCACGUUGCUUCUUUCAGCUUCAGGUAAAAAAAAAAAUCUCCAAUGACACAGAGGGGUAUUUAGCUAAAAUCCUACAUACUUAUUAACCCUUAAUAGAGAACACAUGGGGUGGGCGUCAGCAUUGUAAUAUGGCUGUGUAAUACAAAGCAAAUACAAAUAUACAAACUCCCACUACUCCUGAGCAGCUGCAAUGAGACGCUGCUAGCCCGAUCAGAAUCGAACACCUUUCAAUAUAAGUGGCGCAGGGCCAGUCGGGGAAAUCUUUUGAAUCCCUUGUGACUUGUUUGUUGUGAGACAGGGAAUGUGAGCUUCCUGCAACAUUAGAAAUACAAUGAGCAUAGGCAGCUAUCCUAUUUGGAUCAAGGUUGCAUACAUACCAGGCUGACCGUCUAUUACUCUGGUCAAUCCAACUCAGGGUAAACCAUGCCCAAAGCACUACCAAAGGAAUGAAUGUUAUUAGCACAUUUAAUGUUGUUCUCUUGCUGUGGAUAAUACCCAGGUAAUACCAAGAAAACAAAGUUUGGAAAUAUUUGAGGUAUGUCAUAUUAAGCCUUUAAUUGUAUCUAUCGAAAGCCACUGCUUCCAGUGUAAACAUGAAUGUUCCUUCAGAAAACAGUGGCUUCCACUAUAUCUAGUCACAUGAAAAUCUAACCUCUAAAUACAAGUUCAUUAUAAUUUUUGUCAAAGAUAUUGUUCCCUACUUGUUCUGCUCUUUUUCACAUUCUCCAGAUGUUAAGGAAGUAGUCUCUGCUCUCCCUCAUCUGCCUAAUCAGCAAAUCCUUCUUGCUGGCAACACAAUUGAGGGCCCACGUUGUGUUAGCUGUGCUGUGGUGGGUAACGGGGGCAUAUUGAAUGGAUCACGUCUUGGUCAGGAGAUUGAUAACCAUGACUAUGUGUUUCGGUAAGUUCUAAAAGAUGUCUUCAAAAAGAAAUUGAUGAAUAUCACUAAACACAGGAGAAGAUAUUAGCUUAAUUUCUAUGAUACAUUUUAUUAUCUUCUUUGGAAAAUGGAUAAUAUGGCCACCUGCUGUUAUUUAGUUUAAACUACUAUAAUGAAUGUAUUUAAAGGGCUAGCUUAUUCUGUAGACCUGUAGUGUGCUAAGACACAUCAUAUAGAGGAGCCGCAUAUCCGGGCUUGUUUCCAACCUUGGCCUCAAGUUAGUUCCCGACGUUACGUUUUAUCGGGCCCGGCCAAGUCUUUAACCGGUUCAAAUUAAUUUAAUUCCUGUCUUUAAAGGCCAACAAGUAUAGGUUUGAAUCUGAAGCCUAUAUUUUACAUUAAAUACAGGCUUCAGCGACUCGGUUUCAUUCACUGGUAAGAUAUCACCCAUUAAAUGGGCUUUUACCAUUUAUUACCGCCCUUAAGCCACUGCUUACAAUGCUGCAAGUGGGAACAUUCCCACUAAACAGUAGCAGGUAGCUGAUCAUUGUAAUAAAAUACUAACAACUCGGUAGCUAUUGCAGGCAGGGAAGUUAAGUGAGGGUGGUAGUAAAAUUGUACAAAAUUAUGUAAUUUUAAUAUAUUUCGUAUUUCCUGAAUACCAGUCUAUUAACAAAAUGUUUUUAUAUGUUUUGUUUUACUAUUUAUUCCAUGUUUCAAAUACAUAUUUAAUUAGUGUUAUUUUUAAAUUAAAAAAUGGUCAGUAGGGAGAACUUAAAAUAAGUAUAAACUCUCUCAUUAUCACACCUUCCAACUUUGCGUGCCAGGACAGAAGUGGGCAGGCAUGAGAGCAAGUUUCAGAGAUGGGCAGGUUUGCCCAUGAAAGGAACAGGUUUGCUCAUCAAGUGGCUGACUGACAGUCUGUCCCCUGAUGACAGUACAUACACAAAGCGCUGCUGUAAUGCUCUGUGCAUGUGCCUGAUACCCAGUCUCUAACACUGGACAAUUCUCAUGGAAACCCAUUUUUGCAGGGAGAGCACCCCAAAAUUCAGGACUAUCCCAGUAAAAUCAGGACAGUUGGCACCAAUGUAUCAUGUGUUAGGUUCUUUUUUUAUACUUCUUUCCAUCUCCAAGAGAUCUGAGCUGUAACACACCCAUCACCUAUUUGCCUUCUUUUUUUUCAGUGUAAAUGGAGCAGUAACUAAAGGAUUUGAGAUUGACGUAGGGAACAGGACUUCAUUUUAUGGAUUUACAGCUCACACUAUGUAUGCAUCACUCUCACAGUUACAAUUUGAAGGUUUUUCCAAUAUCCCAAAGGAAAGGGUAAGCCAGACAAACACAAAAUGAGCGUAACUUUCCUUCCCCCCCCCUUUAUUACUUUAUCACUUUAUCACUUUACUUCUUUCUUGCUGCCCAGUGACUUGAUGUUUUUGUAAUGUAUUUUGUUUUUUUAUUACACUAUUAUAAAUUAUUUUAUACGUAUCUGAAAGAGGUAGAAAGAUGCAAUAUUUUGCGCACAAGAGAAAAGGUGAAAAACAAACAAACAAUGUAUAAAAGGUGGAAUAACAGUUAAAACAAUACUAAUAGAAUGAAACGCACAUAAACAAAUGUUUGGAGUAGGGCCGUGAACUUUAUUGAAAGAAAUUUAAAAGAACUGUAACUUCAAACAUUUACAUUUAUCAAACAACUGUAGAAAUAUUCAUAUGACUUGUAAGAAAAUACCUUGCAUUUUACAGCCAGGAAAAAACACACACACAUUGCGGCCUUUUAAAAGCUCAUACACCACACUACUACAAUUUACCACCCUAUUUUAUUAGGAAAGCAAUUAGAGAUUCCAAAUAAAGACCACAUCAGAAAUAGAAUAAAAUGCAGAAAGGAUGUGAGGGAUGUGGCCACACUUUCACUAUUAUUGCUCAUUUCUUUGAGGAUUACCUCACAGGUCACCGCUACUUAUAACCUUAUUGUCCGUGCAAAAUCAGCACAAGACAAAAGCUCUUUGGUUUUCAACCAAUUGUGAACAGUGCGAGCCAAGUUAUUCAGCUUUGUUCAGACCCGAGAGCCAAAGGUAGACCUAAAUGUCAAUUGUCUGUUUUUCUGCACAAGACAAUUGAGCAUGCGCACAAAACUGACACAGGCUAGACAGCAAAUGCAACAAUCCAGAAGUCCUGAAAGAUCCUUGAUCACAAACUGGGAUUCUCUACUCUGGCACAAUUUAACUGCCAUUGAAUGUUUAAGUAAUUUACUACCAGUUACUUAUUUGUAAUCAUUCCUUUUUUACAUCAAAAAGUGCAAUUUUUUUUUCUUCUCCUCCACCAGUUACUUUUUGGUUUAGGAAGUAUUUUCAGUAUACAAAUGUAGAUGCCCUUAUUAUUUACAAAUAACUGGCUGCGACCAUAUGGUUUUCUAAUUGUUUUUGGCGAUACUUUAAGGACUACUUUUUAAAAACUAUAAAAUGUGAAAAUCACCUUCAAUAUGCAGGUUUAAAGGUAUUGUUUCUCAUAUUGAUAUUCUUAUAUAUUGAACGUUUAUAUAAUAUCAUCUAACCACCGUGCACCUAUGUUGAUAUCAUGCUCAAUCAUCUAUGAUUGCGGAGGUACCGGCAUAGUGCCAAAUAAGAUAGGUGAAAAAAUUGCACAAAUUUAAAGGGAAACUAUAGUGCCAGGAAAACAAAGUUGCACAGCAAUGGCGGGUCUCUCAUCAGUAUUUUCCCCACUUGAAAGCAUGUAUAAUGCUUUGUUAACCCUUAAAAGUAAUUGUUGCAGUUUAUUAAGAACUGCAAUAAUUAAGGAGCCUGGGACUAUGCACCCAGACCAUUUCAAUGAGCUGAAGUGGUCUGGGUGCCUAAAGUGUCCCUUACCCUUUGUUACAUACUAUCUAUUAGUUAGGGCAACAUAGUGGUUUGUCAUUUAUAGAUAAACUGAUUGAUAGACAGACACUAAUCUAAAAUAACUUUUUUUUUUAUUAUUUGAAAGUUGCAUGUACACAUCCAUAACACUUUUUUUUAAUUUAAUUAAUUUUUUUUAAAGCAUUGUUCAGCUGGCAUCUGUACAGGAAAUGACACCCUCAUUAGGAAUUCCACCUGCUCUCAUUUAUAUUUAAUGCAUAUGAUUACAGAAGGUUUAAUUAUAAUAGUGCUUCUCUUUGUGGGUUUCCCAGGAAACAAAGUACAUCCUUUACACUGAGGGACAGAGAGACUUUGAGUGGCUAGAAGCUCUACAAAAGAACAAAGAAGUCACCAGGGGAUCUCUACAGUCAUACAGGUAAAAAAACAAAAACAAACAAAAAACCCAAACUUGUAAUCUGUAUAAAGCUUUCUCUGGAACUAGCCACCCAUAUAAAGUAAUUUAAAUUAAAGGAUCCCCAACUUUUAUCCAACUCUGAUCCUCUGUAAAUGAAACAAUUAAUACUUUUUAAUUGAAAGUACAAUACACUAUUUAGUAAUAUAUAUAGUUUUUCCCUACACACAUGAAAGUGGAGUCACCACCAAACCAUCCCUUAUUGAAAUAUUGAGUCCAAGUUGACCACACUGCAACAGAAAAGCUAAUCUAAAGUAUUCAAGGUAAUUCACUACAGCCAGAACACACUCCGGAUUACCACAAUUAUUACAUCUAUUUUUUUAAAUUUGCAAUUCAGAAAUUUGCUAAAGGCAAAUCCAGAAUAAAUCCUGUGAUUUCCACCAAAAUUGCGCAUUCGGUUUAGAACAAUCCAGUAUGCGGUGUGAAACAUUUACAAAGUGCACGAUUUGCAUAUUUAUCAAACACUGAACAUUUACCAGAUUCACUCUGAUCUGUUCUAGUAGAAGACAAAAUUGCCAAAUAAAUUCACCUGCUUUUUGCAAGUUAAGGCAGAUUAUUAUUAUUAUGAUAUUUAUAGAGCGCAGUCAAAUUCCGCAGGGCUUUACAAUGGGUGGAUGAACAGACAUGUAGUUGUAACCAGACAAGUUGCACACACAGGAACAGAGGGGUUGAGGGCCCUCCUCAAUGAGCUUACAUGCUAGAGGGAGUGGGGUAAAAUUACACAAAAAGGUAAGGAUAAUAUUAGACUAAUGACAGUUGCAGAAGAGGAAUCAGUCAGGAGCUAUAAAUAGUUUAAUUGAUACGCUUUUAUGAAGUAGUGGGUUUUUAACGAUUUUUUGAAGGAGUUGAGACUGGGUGAGCAUCUAACGGAGGAGGGAAGCGAGUUCCACAGGAACGGUGCAGCCCUCGAGAAAUCUUAAAGGCGAGCAUCAGACGUGGGAGUAUGGACCGAAGAUAGACGUAAGUCUUCAGCAGAUCGUAAGGGCCUAGACGGGACAUACUUGUGUAUAAGGGAGGAUUAAUAGGUGGGAGCAGCAUUAUGUAGAGAUCUGAAAGCAAGAACCAGAAUUUUAAAUUGAGCUCUAUAUUUUAUAGGAAGCCAAUGUAGGGAUUGACAGAAGGGUGAGGCAUGGGAGGUGCGUGGCGGACAGGAAGAUGAGCCUUGCCGCCGCAUUCAUUAUGGACUGUAACGGCGCUAGUUGGGAGCACGUAAGACCACUGAGAAGCGGAUUACAGUAGUCAAGGCGAGAAAAGACAGUAGAAUGGACCAACACCUUAGUCGCAUCUGGUGUUAAAUAGGGGCGGAUGCGCGCAAUGUUUUUGAAAUGGAAAUUACAGGAUUUGGCAAUAGAUUGAACAUGAGGCUUGAAGGAGAGGUCGGAGUCAAAGAGAACACCUAGGCAGCGAGCCUGUGUGGUGGAGCUGAUGGUAGCACCGUUGACUUGGAGGGAGACAGACACAGGAGUAACAACACUUGAUGGAGGAAAGACCAGAAUUUCAGUUUUGGUCAAAUUUAGUUUAAGGAAGUGGGAAGCCAUCCAGUUAGAAACAGCAGAGAGGCAGUCAGAGACACUAGUCAAGAGGGACGGGGAGAGAUCAGGAGAGGACAGGUAGAUUUGCAUGUCAUCCGCAUAGAAAUGAUAUUGGAAGCCAAAGGAGCUAAUGAGUUUACCAAGGGAGGCAGUAUAGAUGGAGAACAGUAGGGGACCAAGGACUGAACCUUUGGGGACACCAACAGAGAGGAGUUGGGAAGAAGCAGAGCCAGAGAAAGAAACACUGAAAGAGCGCUGGGAGAGGUAGGAGGAGCACCAGGAGAGAGCAGUAUCUUGUAGAUCGAUAUUGCGGAGGAUGAAAAGAAGCUGUUGAUGAUCAACAGUGUCAAAAGCCGCAGACAGGUCAAGGAGAAUUAGGAUAGACUAGUGACCACGAGAUUUUGCAGCGAGUAGAUCAUUGGAUACUUUGGUCAGUGCCGUUUCCACAGAGUGCUUAGCGCGGAAACCAGACUGAAGCGGGUCUGGCAGAGAGUUGGACUCGAGGAAGUCUGUCAAUCUCGUAUACACAAUUUUUUCAAGGAUCUUGGAUGCAAAAGGCAGUAGCGAGAUAGGACGAUAGUUGGAUGGGGAGUUAGGGUCAAGAUUGAGCUUCUUUAGAAUUGGGGUUAGAGUUGCAUGUUUGAAGGGCAAUGGAAAUAUACCAGAGGAGAGAGAAAGAUUGAGAAUUUUAGUGAGAGGUGGAGAAAGAGAAGAAGACAGAGUAUGGAUGAGAUGCGAGGGAAUUGGAUCUAGGGAGCAGGUGGUGGGGCGGGAGGACAGAUAAAUCUGCAAUAUUACUCACUUGCAGCACAAGAAGCCAGCUGACAAACUAUUUACAAAAGUCAAAAAUUCCUGAAGAUGUGGUCCCUUUUAAUCCUGACAUAGGUGGGAGGGUUAAAUAGUUAACUCUCUAUCUGACAUUUGUUUCUAUGUAUUUAUAUAUUAAUUAGCCAUUUACUGUCUGCUGCACCCAGUUGGCUGAAACACUCAUAUAUGAGAAUUGUAAUUAUUUUUAUUGAAUUGAGAAUUAAAUUUUUUGUCCAUUUCAGAGCUGUCUUAGAUAAAUGUUGUAAAUUAUGCCUGUAUGUUUGCAUCCAAAUACAAUCAGAUUGUUCCUAAUAAUUUUCACAGUUCUGGCUAUAUCACAAUCAAACACAUAGUCCAUUAAAUUGUUUUCUUUACAAUUUAGUAGAUAUACCCCCAGAGGAAACAUGAAUGUAUUUUUGUUCUGCAUGUUUUCCUUGGGGUUAUAUGAAAACAAAACAGUCAAUAAAAGCUGCAGCCCUACUGUCUGCAGCUUUUGCAAGAACACCAUUUUUCCCGUGACACAGACUUGAAGAAAACACCAAUCAGAAGUCUCUGUGCUGGAGCUGGAGCUGCAACUGCGAAUGUGCACACAAUUGUGAUUUUGAUAAUCUUUUCAAUGCUACCGUGUAAAACAUUGUUCAUUGCUAAGUGUAGCUGCAGAAGUCUGUGAAAAUUCCUGUCUGUGCUCAUUUGCAUGUCAAGUUAGGAACUCUGGGAUAGAUGUGGAAACACAAUUUCUCUAGAUUCUAAGGAGGACUCUUCAGGUAUGGCACAACAAUCUACACUUUUAUAAACGGUCACAAACAUGUCAAAAAGGCUGAAGUGCUUUAUUUAUGUCCAUUGUUCCAGGGUCCCUUUAACACCAAUAUGUCUCUUAAUUAUUAUGUAAAUGACACAACUGCCUUCUGUUUUAUCUGUAUACUUACUUCUAAGCCUUAUUCAAUACUUACUUGUGAUUCUUCUGGUGAUUUUUACUUCCACUGAUGGAUGUCCCGUAUACCCAGGUUGAUAUAUGGGGCCUCCAUCUAAGGGAAAGGUUAAGAGCCACUGCAAGGUGUGACAUCACUUUACUGAAUGACUAAAUAUACUUAAGUACAAAAAAAACCCUAAAACAAGUAAUUAUACUUAUUGUGUAGUUUCUGUUGAGUUACAGAUAGGCCAUAUGCCUUACAAAAUAUUUUCUUUUAGACUCCCAUGAGCAACUCUUCCUCUGAAAUGUUUGGGAUGACGACAACAACUAUUACCUAUAUUACAAUUAUAAAAAAUACUUACAUAGAAACAUAGAAACAUAGACUGUGACGGCAGAUAAGAACCAUUCGGCCCAUCUAGUCUGCCCAAUUUUCUAAAUACUUUCAUUAGUCCCUAGCCUUAUCUUAUAGUUAGGAUAGCCUUAUGCCUAUCCCACGCAUGCUUAAACUCCUUUACUGUGUUAACCUCUACCACUUCAGCUGGAAGCUAUUCCAUGCAUCCACUACCCUCUCAGUAAAGUAAUACUUCCUGAUAUUAUUUUUAAACCUUCGUCCCUCUAAUUUAAGACUAUGUCCUCUUGUUGUGGUAGUUUUUCUUCUUUUAAAUAUAGUCUCCUCCUUUACUGUGUUGAUUGCCUUUAUACUAUUUAUACUAUUAAUUAUAUGGACUAGUGUGUUCCCAUUACAUACUUACAAGUAGCGCAAUGCAUGAAGAGUUGUUCUCUGUUAAAAGUUAUGCUGCCGCCAUUGCUUAUACCAUUGAAAAUUAAAGAUUGCAUUUACUAUAGCCUCUGUAUGUAUUAUAUUAUGUAAUAAAUACAUAUAGGUAAAUAGUUGUCAGCGCAUUUCAUUACUAACACUUGCCCUUUGAGAGCGACCAUCUUGAAGGCCAGUAGCACCAUGUAUUUGCCAAGGUUUUUGCAAUUUAAAUGGCUGAACCUAGCUCAGUACAGAUUUUUAAGAUGCCUCACACUUACUCACAACACUACCUGCAUGAUCUUUGUUUAGAAAAGCCAUAUUUCUGAGAGGAUUUAAAGAUGGCUGCCCCAUACAGCAAGGGCAGGAGAGGCACCAAAGUAUGGUUCUUAUUUAUUAUGUAAUAAUGUACACAAGCUAUAAUACAUGUUAGCUUUUAUUUUAAGUAAUAAUACAUAUUUAUAAUAAUUUUCCUUUAAAAAGUGACAUCUCAAAACUCAACGCCUACUAAUAUCCACUAGAUGUCACUUUUCUAUCAUCAUAAUAUAGCUUUUUGACUUUUACAUGAAUUUAUCAGUGGGAGAAUAUAUUGAUCGCCAAAUAUAUUUUUGGUUUUCUGGUUCUCUCACUGCUGUUCUAAUCGUUACUUCCAGAUCAGACCAUGGUGGAUUACUGCGACCUCUGCAUGUUUACUGAGGCGUGAGGUGGUUGUACUGUUGUAUUUCAUAAAUGGCUCAAAAUAAAAUGCAGUCUUACAGAGUUGUGCACUAAAGUGAGGCAUGCUGGGAAUAUAAAAUUAAUUCAAAGGGAAUUUCAAAUAUAAGGCCAAAAUAUCCACGCUGAACAAAUAAUAAUUUCUAAAUCUGCUCUUUUGGCUUACAUUUUAGAAUUUAAUUCGAAUUCACUUUGAAUUCCCAUGGAAAAAUUAAAAAAAAUAUAUCAAGAAAAAUAAACGAUUGAAUGAAGUAAUGUGUAAAAGAAGUUGCUUUAAAAAAAUUGGGAUUAAAUUAGAGGGAAACUCCAGUGCUAGGAAAACAAUCCAUUUUCCUGGUACUGCAGGUUCGCUCUCCCUCCCACCCUCCAAUCCCCGGUUGCUGAAGGGGUGAAAACAUACCUGAGGCAGCGACGAUGUCCUACGCCGCCGCUCCUCCUCUGCAUUGCGUUGGCCGGUGGGCGAGACUGAUCCCGCCCACUGGCCGGAUCAGUCUUGCACACUUGCAGGGUUAAGAGUAGUGGGAGUUGGCACCCAGACCACUCCAAUGGGCAGAAGUGGUCUGGAUGCCUGGAGUGUUCCUUUAAAGAAAAAGAAAGGGGGUGGGCGUGGCGUGCCAUUCUGAAUUAUAAAGUACACAUAUAUAGCUAUUUUGAAGUGGAGAGCCCAAGAUAUGUACAGGCAUUAAACUAAAAAGGGACACUAUAGUCAUCAAAACAACUUUAGCUUAAUGAUGCAGUUUUGGUGUAUAGAUCAUGCCCCUACAGCAGGCAUAGGCAACCUUCGGCACUUCCGAUGUUUUGGACUACACCUCCCAUGAUCCUUUGCCAGCAUUAUGAGUGUAAAAGCAUUAUGGGGGAUGUAGUCCACAACAUCUGGAGUGCCGAAGGUUGCCUAUCCCUGCUCUACAGUCUCACUGCUCAAUUCUCUUGCCAUUUAGGUGUUACAUCGCUUUGCUUAUGCAGCCUUAGGCACACCUCCCUGCAUGUGGCUUACGCAGCCUUCCUAAACACUUCCAGUAAAGAGUCAUCUAAUGCUUACACUUCCUUUAUUGCAAAUUCUGUUUAAUUAAGAAUUCUUAUCUCUUACUAGACCCCACAGGAGCCUCCUGUAUGUAAGUAAAGCUCAAUUUACAGAGCAAGAGAUAAAGUAAGUUACAGCUGAUUGAAAAUUAAACCAUUUUGUUUUCAUGUAGGCUGUCAGUCACAGUGAGAGAAGAUGUGGCUAAGGCUGCAUAAACAGAAACAAAAGUCAUUUAACUCCUAAAUGGCAGUGGAUUGAGCAGUGAAACGUCAGAAGCAUGAUUUGUACAUCAAAACUGGUUCAUUAAGCUAAAGUUGUUUAGGUGACUAUAGUGUCCAUUUAACAAGAGAUUCAGAGUUUAUGGUUAUUAUCUAGAGUGAUAAUUGCUGAGAAAUAAAGGAGAAUUGAAGAUUAUGCUAGCUUUAGUGUACUAAUAAUCUUAAUUUUAAUAAGGACAGGAGGCGAGUAUUUUGCAUUAACUCUCUUUACUAAACUCCACAGCAGUAAAGAAAACGUAAAGAGUAACAAAUAAAUCACUGAGCAGCAUAGUAUAUAAGGGUCAUGCUGCCUGUACACUUCCUCUUUCUUAAAGCGACAUCCAAGUCCAGAUAGAGCUCGAACAUCCAGAAACUCAACGAAACGGUAACUGCGGUCUCUGGCGAGCGGAACUUGAGGAGGCUCCUGGUAACGAGAUAGGAGGAGAGACCAAACGAAGCCGUCAUCCCAUCUUACGGAGUCGUGAGGUUAACGAACCAGCGACCAGUGGAGGUCCUGAAGAGGGUUACACUGAAAGGAGAGUAUAAAAUCGGUUAGGUACUGAACCGUAACUGUUCACGUCUGUGGGCUUUAACAGAAUGGUGUAAAUUAAACAGUACAGACAGAUUGUAAGCUGGCCAUAGGCUAAAUAUGUGUAGGUGUAAGCAUGUUGUACAACUAAACUGUCCGUCUAGGUGGAAACACUGGGAAUAGAGAUGGAAGGGAUACCGAAUAUGUCCAGAAGAUAGUGGAACCACUAAUAUGAAUCCCAAAAUCCAUCACCUUAAGAUCCACUCCCCCGAGGAGUCAGGGUAGGGAACAAAAGGGAGGGAAAAUACUCGCCUCCUGUCCUUAUUAAAAUUAAGAUUAUUAGUACACUAAAGCUAGCAUAAUCUUCAAUUUUAUAACAUGACAGGAGGCUUCCUAUUUUGCAAUUUUAACGCUGAAGAAGUGACAACCCAGCAGAAGGGGGAGUGCGAAAAUAAAAUGUACGGAAAGUGGAUUCCCUAGACCAGUCCGCCGUUCUGAGAAUAUCCGAGAGGGACGCCCCUGCCAGGAAGGCUGAUGAAGCCGCCGCACCGCGAACGGAGUGGGCGCCGAAGCGGGGUCUAUACCUGCGAGGGAAAGGAUCCAGCGGAUCCAUCGGGCCAAGGUGGUGACCGAGACUGGGGCGUGAGGGCGCACGUAGGAGACUAAGAGUUGGCCCGACGUAGAGGACCGGAGCGAGGAGGUAACCGAAACAUACCUGCGGAGGGUGGACACGACGCAAAGCUGCGGGUCGUCGGGAAAAAAUGGGUAAAAGACCGAGGUCGAACCCGACUUAGUGCGACGGGAAAUGUGAAACGUGACCCCUUCAGGGGCCACUUCGAAAGCGUCCACGUCGAAGGCCCGAACGUCCGAAACCCGUCGGAAAGAUACGAGACAGAGGAGGAAAGCGCACUUAGCGGAUAGUUGGCGUAGGGAGAGGCGGUCAUUCGGAAGCCAAUCCCUGAAGAAGCGGAGAACCAGUCCCACAUCCCAUAGGUGAGGGUAUCUGGGGGCGGGGGACGGCGGAGCCGCAUACCGCGGAGUAGACGGCAGACCAGAGGGUCUUUGCCGACCGGGAGAUCCCCGACGGGGGUGUGAGCCGCCGAAAUCGCGGAGCGCACGACGUUGACCGAAUGGUAAGAGCGGCCAGAUGAAAACAAGGAGGAGAGAAAAUUAAGAAUCAUGGGAAUAGGUGCUGUAAAGGGAUCGGAGUCCCGUUCCAUGCACCAAGUAGACCAGGAGGCCCAAGCUGAAAGGUAACAGCGUCUAGUUCCCGGGGCCCAUGAGUCCCAUAAGAGGUCCCUAGCAGCCUGCGAUAGUCCGCUGACUCGCCAGGAACCCCGGAAAGAGACCAAGCCACCAGGGGUAGCCGGUCUUCCAGGAGUAGUGGGUGGAGAUGCCCUUUGGGAUCCGUGAGUAGGUCCGGGAAGGAUGGUAGGAGAAGAGGGUCCCUGUAGGAGGAGGCCAGGAGGUCCGGGAACCAUGGUUGGCUCUGCCACAAGGGCGCUAUGACAACCAGUUUGAUCUGUUGCGUCCGUAUCUGGUGUAGUGUUCUCGCAAUCAUGGAGAAUGGGGGAAAAGCGUAGGCUCCUGUCGACGGCCAUUGUUGGAGAAAUGCGUCUGUCGCCUUGCUCUCCGGGUCCGGGAGCCAGCUGAAGAACUCCGGGGUCUGGUGAUUGUUGCGAGAGGCAAACAGAUCCAGGUGAAAGGGACCCCUCCGGGCUGCAAGGGCCCUGAAGAUUCUCGUGUUUAGCUUCCAGUCGCUGACGUCUCUCCAGUGGCGAGAGAACCAGUCGGCUGUGAGAUUGAUUUCUCCUGGCAAGUAUUCUGCCUGUAGCGUGAUGUUGCGAGGGAGGCAAUAGUCGAAAAUGCCUUUCGUGAUAUCCGACAGCAGGCGAGAGCGAGCGCCUCCCAGGCGGUUGAUGUACUGGACUGCGGAUACAUUGUCCAUGCGCAGGAGGAUGCAGCAGUUGGAUCUUUCCCGGGCCAAGCUGCGAAUCGCGAAGGAUCCUGCCAGGAGUUCGAGGCAAUUGAUGUGCAUGGAGAGCUCCUGCGCCGUCCAUGUUCCCCCCGUGGAGAUGGUUCCGUUGGUGGCACCCCAUCCCCACAGGCUGGCGUCUGAUUCCAGUACGAAGUCUGGAGCGUCUCCGAAUAUGGCCCUGCCGUUCCAGGCUUGCAUGCUGUCCAGCCACCAUGAUAGUUCCUCGCGAACCUCCAUCGUCACCAGGACGGGUUGGUCGUAAGUGGGCCUGCGGCGUAGGUAUUUCGCCUUGAGACGUUGCAUGGCCCUGUAGUGGAGGGGACCCGGAAAUAUGGCCUGAAUGGAAGCCGAGAGGAGUCCUACAAUCCUGGCCGGAUUGCGUAGUGGAAUGGAAUCGAGACGGAGAACCCUGCGAAUCUCCUUGCGAAUGGCUGUGAUCUUUGAGGCUGGUAGCCUCAGAGUGCAUGUCGUCGAGUCGAUCUCGAAGCCGAGGAAUUGUAUCGUCUGGGUAGGGGUCAGCUCCGAUUUCUGUUGGUUUACGAUAAAACCCAAGGACUCCAGUAGGGAUACUGCCAGGUGAGUGUGUUGGCGUAGUCUGUGUUCGUCGGCGCAGAAGAUGAGGAGAUCGUCUAAGUAGAUGAUGCAUCGAAUGCCCCUUGAUCUUAGGUGGGCCACCACUGGUUUUAGGAGUUUGGUGAAGCACCAUGGGGCUGAGCUGAGCCCGAAAGGGAGGCAAGUGAAUUGCCAAGGGCGUCCGUGCCAGAGGAAGCGAAGGAGUGCUCGACAGUCCGGGUGCACCGGGACUGACAGAUACGCGUCCUUUAGAUCGAGCCUGGUGAACCAGUCGUUGCUUCGAAGAAGGUCUCGCAGGAGGUGGAUGCCUUCCAUUUUGAAGUGGCGGUAGACCACAUAUGCGUUGAGGGCGCGUAGAUUGAUGACGGGCGGUAUUCUCCCGAUUUUUUCCGAACCAGGAAGAUGUUGCUGAAGUAGCCACCCCCGUCGCGGGCCGGCUGGAUAGCCCCUUUGUCUCGGAGCUCGCGUAGCUCCGUGUUGACGAGGUUGUGGUCGGAGGAUGACAUGUGGAUGGGGCGAGGGGGCUGAACCUGAAAGGGGGUCCCCACUAGGUCUAUGGUAUAUCCCUGUACAGUUUGUAGGAUCCAUGUGUCUGAGCAUAGGGCGGCCCAAUUCUGGAAAGAAAGGGAAAUACGGCCCGCAGUGCGGGUACAUGGUAACAGUGGAGGAAUAUGGGUCCUUACCUGCGGUAAAGCGGGAACGUCCGCGUCCGCGACCUCUAUCCGAGCCUCUGGAAAAGGGUUGCUGCCGGUAGUCUCUUGUCGGGUAAAAUGGUGUUGGUUGGGUGCGGGGGCCUGAAGGCCAAAAUCGGCUGGCGGCACGGCCCCGUUGCCGGCCAGCCCUUCCAAAAACCCCUCUGGUAGGGUUGCUUCUGAAAACUCUGUGCAUUGAGGACUGCGCUUUAUUAAGGGAGGUGAACACGUUUACGUGUUUGUUGAGUUCCUUGAGGAACGGUUCACCAAAUAGUUUCCCUUGUGCCUGGGGCCCAAUCUCCUUUGUGCCAAGGUCUGCCAAUUUGCCGUUAAUACGGUACAACGCUGCUUUUCUUCUCUCCGAAGAGAGCGUAACAUUAGUGUUUCCGAUGAAACAAAAACACCGUUGUGCCCACUCACGAAUAUCAUGUGCCCAUUCCCUGAUGUCCUCAGCGGAGAAGGAAUCGGCUUUGUGUAGGCAUCAUCAGCCAGAUACAUAAUGCGAGCCAGGGGGCCGACAGAAUCCAGCAGGUUAUCUUGGGCGCCCCAUAGGCCUUUCUCCACCCCUCGGCGAGGGUCUCUACCACUGCGCGUCAUGAAGGUUGACAUAACCUUGUCGAAUUCCGGGGUCUGAGCGACCUUAUCCGGCAGGGAAGGGCGUGGGCAUUCAGACCUGAGACGGCUGCGGACCUCUUUCUCCAGAGGUUUGCGGAGCCACAGGUGCAUAAACCUUGAAAGGUGUUCUGGAGGCGACCAUUCACCUGAUCUGGGGUGCCGAAUGUUGCGGGGGUCGAACAUCACCUGGCCUGAGGGGUCCAAGAUGGCGUCUGAAUCAAGAGGAGGCUCUGCGUCCGCAGUGUCCUCUGCAUCUCCUCUCUGGGCCGCACCCAGUAGGGUCUCUCGCAUGAAAGCGGAGACCGAUUUCUCGUCCGAGCCCCAUGCGUCGUAGUCCGAGUCAGAGGCGUCAGCUUGCCAUUCAUCCAGCACUGACAUGGACUGUGCGUCCUGCUCUUCGUCUGAAGAGUACUCCUGACGCGGGGCCGGGGUGUGUAAUUUGGCAGACUUGCGCUUGGCAGGUGCCUUACCCUUAGGCGGUUUGGGUGUGUAGUCUUCGCCUUUGUCAUGGCGUUUUUUAGGGUGGGAAUCCUCCCGUGCCUGGUGGUCGGACAACUCAGAAUCCGAUUCGUGGCGUGGACGUCUGCGUUUAGGUACGUCAGGAGCCGAAGCUCGGGCCUUGGAGAGUGCCUUCUCCACAGAGGCAGCGACAGCUGCGUUAAUCAUGGCCUGGAAGUCCACAGGGACGUUCUGGGAAUCUUCCAUGUUAGGGUAGGCUUAUAGGUCACUGAGAGGCACAGCAAUGAAUGGGCACCCAGGUCUUGAUAGUAGGCGUAGGGUCAGAUUUGGAAGUAUGGUGGGAACAAGCCCAGAAUAACCCCAGCAGGGUAUAGUAGUGACCUUAUAAACUGGGGCUCACCCAGUUAGAGAGAACUGCAACAGCUAGUCUCCCAGUAAGCAGCGUCUUUAUAGUGGGGGCUCACCCCGGUUGCACAGGGUUGGUACCCUUAAGUGCAGGCCACAAUAAUAAUAAACAGGCAGCAGCACUGACCUGACUGACCCAGCCACAGUAUAGCUUGAUAGAAGCAGAUGAGGCACAGAGACUGAGUAGCAGGUUGAAAGCAGCAGAUGGAGUGCAGGAGCAGGUAAUCCUUCAGUCACAGGGGUGUCAGACACAAAAGGUGUGAAAACAGCAGCUUAGGAGGUAACAGCAAGUUAACACAGCCCCUAAUGAGAUGCACGAGGCAAAACUAAGAUGGCCGCGAGAAUCUCGCGAUGUCCGCGAUCCAAAAUGGCGGCCGCGAGGUAGGCCGCAAGCCGGGGACUAAAUUUUUGAGCCCGGCCGCGGGCGGAAGUGGGCCGGCGCGAAAACGGCCGCGAACAAAACCGGCCGCAAGGAGGAAGUCCAGGAGGGCACUCCAGGGUAGGGGGGCAGAGGGGGGACCUGGGGAGACCAAGGGGAAGCCCAGGGAGGGCCCCAAGAGGCACAGAGGGGCAGAAGGAGGCAGGAAAAACCCACAGAAAGCCUCUAGUCCCCCAGCCCUGGUAUAGAACCAAGAAAUAGAAGGAAAGGCUAAAACAAUGAUGAUAAAGUAUGUUGAAAUAGCAAGGAAUAAACAAGUAUGACAAUAAAUGAAUAACAAGUAAUGACAAUAAAUGUAUAAAGCUCCAGGGGAGCAAAUAUUCUGACCUGUCUGCGAUGGAGCAGUAAAGAAAGAGGAAGUGUACAGGCAGCAUGACCCUUAUAUACUAUGCUGCUCAGUGAUUUAUUUGUUACUCUUUACGUUUUUCUUUACUGCUGUGGAGUUUAGUAAAGAGAGUUAAUGCAAAAUAGGAAGCCUCCUGUCAUGUUAUAAAAUUCAAAGUUUGUUUCAAACGUAGGGCAAAGAUAUCUAAACGGAACAUUUACAUUUUAAAAUUCAGUUUGAGUUCACCUUAAAUUGCUGGCAAUCUUUGCUUUUGUGAAUUAUUAUCAUUGUUAUUGCCAUUUAUAUAGCGUCAACAGAUUCCAAAGCGCUUUACAAUGUUAAUUAUCCUGUAAGUGCGUUCAUCGGUAAAGAAAAACUCCUAGUAGAAAACAUACUGGAUGAAUGCACCAGCCUACAGCUUAAAGUUACAAACAUAAAACCCCAAAGAACAGACAAAAAUUCCAUCCAAUGUGUUAUGACAAGGUUUGGGCCAAGUCAAAAACUAUUUCAUAACAUUGAUUGAUACCUUUCUCACCUAUUUCAGAUUUGUACUAAUACUCUCUAAAGUUUCCCCCACCCUCUAGACACAUAUUAACAAAGCCUUACAAACUCAUUAAGCUUAUUUAUCCUUUCACCUCACAAUAACGUUUAGUAUUGAAACUGCCUACUCCCUUUCCAGUCAAAGUAAAAAAUUAAUAAACAGUACCCCUAUCUGGGAAAAUCAUGUGGACAAAACUAAUGUUCCCAAGUGCCUGGGCAGUAAACCAGGCAAAAAUAUAUCCAGAAAUAUACAUAUUCACACUUACAAACAUACACAUGUUUUCACAAACAAACACAAGGAAAUUCACCCUAUAGAUUUAUACUACACAUUACACACUCAUUUACAUGAAAAUACUAUCAAUUCACUUGUAGACAUAUUAAAAUAGGCAUCUUGAGUUGGUCUUAUAUAUGCAUUUAAUUCAUAACAAGAUGGUUUUUACAUAUACCUACAAGUUCAGUAUCUAAAUUCACAUGAAAAGAUUUUAUAUUUAGAUAUAGAGCUCAAUUUAAAAUUCUGGUGCUUGCUUACAAGUCCCUACAUAAUGCUGCUCCAACCUACCUAUCCUCCCUAAUACACAAGUAUGUCCCGUCAAGGCCCCUACGCUCUGCCAAAGACCUACGUAUAUCCUCUGUCCGUACUCUUACCUCUAAUGCUCACCUCCAAGACUUCUCCAGGGCUGCACCUCCUCUGUGGAACUCCCUUCCCUUCUUCUUAAGACUUUCACCCAGUCUCCACUCAUCAUUGAAACUCACUUCUUCAAGAAAGCAUAUCAAUUAAACUGUUAGCAGGUUUUUAUCCCCCACCCCCCAUGACUCCUCUCCUGCAACUGUCAAAAUGACCUAAUAAGACCUUAGUGAAUACUUUUCUAACAACCUCUCGAGGUCUGCACUGUUCCUGUGGAACUCGCUUCCCUCCUCCGUUAGAUGCUCACCCAGUCUCCACUCCUUCAAAAAAUUGUUAAAAACCCACUUCUUCAUAAAAGUGUAUCAAUUAAACUGUUAAUAGCUCCUGACUGAUUCCUCUUCUGCAACUGUCACUAGUCUAAUACUAUCCUUACCUUUUUGUGUCAUUCUACCCCACUCCCUCUAGAAUGUAAGCUCAUUGAGCAGAGCCCUCCACCUCUCUGUUCCUGUACAUCCAGUUGUCUGGUUACAAUUACAUGUCUGUUAGUCCACCCAUUGUACAGCGCUACGGAAUCUGAUGGCGCUAUAUAAAUAAUAAAAUAAUUAUAAUAAAUCAUAAAUGCUGGCAUGUCCAGUUUAUAUGCACGGUACAUGGUUUUCUGUUUUCAACAAUAAUUUAUAUAUCUAUAAUUUCCAGUUGAUAUUGGUCAUGAAGAUAUAGGUUUAUACCUGAGGGGGAAUUCAGCGCUAGUAGUUUACUGGCACAGUUCAAGAGGCAGCUCAAUCACCGAAUCUGGGGUCUCUCUUGUCCGGUGGGGAAAAAUUUCAAAAAAACAGGGUGUGAUGAUAUGUCAUUUUGUUUGUGACAUCGCUAAUGUUAAUUGAUUAACUGUACUGUUCUACCUUAAAUACUUAAUGUGUUGGUUCACUUAAAAUCUUGUCAUGUAACCUGGAACAGGAAAUAGGUCACAGGUUAUAGUUCAGUUAUGAAGGAGAGAAUGACAAUAAAGAGAUCCUGGUUAAGCUCCUGAAUCCUCUCUCAGUAUUUUAUGUCAAUACAACACAAGAAGGGUGGUGUAGGGCCAAAUAUGUCCUUAAGAAUAUGUAGAAUAAUAGAGAUAACACUAAUAGUGCAGUAUGUCACAUACAAUGGGAAAAGGGUGAUAAAAAUAAUUUACUCACGCUUUUUGGGAGCUUAGGUGCAGCUCCAACUUUUGCGCUUGGGCGGAAUGAUCCCCGCCUAGGGAUAUAAUGUGGUCAUGGGUCUGUGAAUAAUCCUUCUUUCAGUUGAUUUCCUCGUCAGUAUAUACAAGGGAAAAAAACUGAAGACGAUAUAACGUAGUAUGUCAGACCAAAGUAUAAAAUCAUAUAAGAAAUAUGCACUCACAUAUUUUGGAGCCAGACCGUCGGCUCCCCAAAUAGAGGGUGGAGUGGUAUAAUCCCCACUGUAAGGAUAUAAACAGUGGUGGUAUUUCUCUGUAUAUAAAUGUAAAAAAGAAGAAAAACACAAUUCUGUAUAACUUUGAUGUUGGAGUGAAAAUAUUAAAUAUAUAAAAGCCGUACUCACAUGUAGUGGAGCAAAGUUAGGUUUGCUCAAUCUAAAAGGUGUAGGUGGUUUUGUGUCUCCACCAAGGAUCUGGGUGUUCACGAACCCAGCAGCAAUCAGUAUGGUCCGAUAAAAAAGUACUUUUUAUUUAUAAAAACAAAAGUAUGUAUCAAUAAAAAAAUAUAAUAAAAUAAACUGGCAAAAAAUAGUAUAAAAUAUACUUGUAAAAUACACUAACAUGUUUUAAUAACAAACUGGCUUUAUCAAUAAUGUUGAUAAGUUUGCUGCCUUAGUGCUGCCAGUGGGCUGUAGUGGUUAUGGUACUUGGAGUGUUCCUUUAAGGGCAGGGCCAUUCCUAUGGAAUGUCCAAUUUGACUCUUCCUAGCCUCCAAUCCUUUAAGAAGUCACUUAAAUUGUGUCUCUAUAAGAAAGCUUAUCACUCUUCUGAGUAACCUCUCUCAUUACAGUCCUCAUGGGCCUCGACAUCAAAUAUGUGCUUCCACAGUCCGUUACAUUGUCUCACAUUGCAGUCUAUCAGGGUUAUUCACUGUGAUGAACUGAACCUCGUCACGGGUUCUUGGAGGGGCCUGCUGGCCAAGCUUUUGCCUCAGGACUAUGGGCCCUGCAAUAUACCUUGCCCAAUGCACUUUAAAAGGCUCUGUUCAUGUGAGUUAUGUACUUUUGUACUCCAGACAGAGAGACCGACCGUUAGUCCUGAUUCCCUGGAACUGUUUUGGGAAUAGAACCAUGUGCACGGUCGGGCAAAAAUAAGACUUCCAGGAAAUUCCUGAACCCCUGAACUGAUCUGGGUGAUUUUUGGAUAUGUUGGUCACCCAGACCAGGGCUAUCAGGGCAUGUAACUUUUGUGGGGGUUUCCAUGUGUUUUGGGGGUACUUUUGGGAUGUUAUUAAAAUGUAUGUUUUCUGUGCUUGGAGAUAAUUGAGUUUAGUACAGUUCCUGACUCAAUUAUCUUACAGGCACAGGGUAGGGAUUAUCUGAUUUUGUAUGGGAGUGUCCUGGACCUGAGAGCCAAUGCGAUUGUGUAUGUUUUUCUCCUGUGGUUUACUCUCAGGUCCAGGGGGGAGUGCUUUUUGCAUGGGGACUGUCAUAAAAGGCCAUUUGUGGCUUCCAUUAAAGGGAGAUUCGUUUUACCCUUCAUGAAGUCUAGGCUCAUGUUUGGGGGAUUGGAGAGCUAUAUUCACACUCUGGGGAUUGCUGUAAUCACUAUACUGCCUUGGAUCAGAACACUUGCUCUUAUAAGAGCUGGUCUUGGGUCCAGGGUGGGUGGAAGACAGCGAGACCCCAACCAAGCUGCGGCAGUUUGUGGGGUUUACAGUGGUUAUGGUGUUCCAGUGCAGUGCUUAUGGUGCUUGCAAGUACUAGGAAGCAGCGAUUGAUGGAGGUACCCGGUCGGGGUGCCCGGCGGUCCGUCACAUUCACUAAAGUGAGAACUAAAUUCAAAGUAAAUUUUAAAUUAAAGGUCAACAUAGUUAAACAGGAAAAAUUCAAUUCAGCUGCUUUGUCUUUAAAUUUGAAAUUCACAGUUUCAAUUCUCUUUGAAUUAUCACUUUAGUAAAUAACCCUGCACAACACUUUUACAAGUUUAGCUAGACUAGCAUAAAACCAGCUCUCCUCCACUCUGACACAUUAUUCUUCCUCAUGUAUUUCCUUCAGUCCCAUUGCUCUUGGAAUGAAGGUUCGUUUGAGUAGGGUUGUCUUCACUUGUGUCUGUCAACAUUAUUUUAUCUCUUAAUUAUUUGCUGCUCCAUAUCCCAAGUGUAUAACAGUAAAGAGCAGCGGAAUAUGAUGGUGCUGUAUAUAUAAUAAAUAUAAUAGUUGUAUUUGAAUUAGUUUUGGGGGGAAAGAAAGGGCAAGUGAGAAUUCUGUGUCUAUUGGCAACAGAGAUGUAAAUCCAAGAGGUGAUAUGGAGAGACAGAGGGAGUUCCACGGAGGAGGUGGAAGUGACACUGAGAGAGGUGGAUGUCAAAUAGACUGAAAUAGUGGCAGAAGAAGAGCAUGGCAAAGAGGACAGGAAGAGUUAUGGAGAGUGACAUUGAGUAAUAAAGGUAGAAAAGGAGAGUGAAAUUACAUAGCUUUUCUGACUUGUAGAGUAAGUACCGACUGAUCCUUAGAUUGAUAGACUAAUACUACAACUAAGAGAGUGUAGAUCCAGAAGUAAAAGAAGCCGAGACUGACACUAGAAAAAAGAGAUCAAAUGGAAAAAAAGAAAUAUCCAGGUAAACCUGAGGUUUCUUCUCUGAGGUUUCUUCUAACAGGCAAUCUUUGUUUGAAACAAGGAAGUGGAGACAAUGUUUCAGCUCCUCUCUGAGCCUUUAUCAAGGCUCAGAGAGCCUUUUACUCUUGCUUUUUUUGCAAACCGCUAGAAAAAAACAGAGACACGGACUGUUACAAAGCACAAGAGCUGCUAUCACUCUUUGUCUUGUCAUUAAUAGGGAUAAGUUGUGGCAGUCUUAUACCCCACAACAUCGGCAUCCCUUGAAGCAAAAUGCCAGUAUGUGGGGUAAAAAGGCCUAUCACCAGUGAUGCGUAUCAUUUCACUGGUGCUGCCCAAAUGAGAUCGGAUCUGUCCAAAAAAUGUUCAGGUCAACCUGACAUAAAUGCCAGGCUGUCCUACAAAGGUGGACCAUAGAGAGAGUACAGUUUCAUUGCUCUCUGCAGAGUCCAAGUGCUCUGAGCUUAGCGCAAAUAACGCACUCAUCUUACACUUUUAGGGGACUGUUAACUGGUAUCCCCAAAAGUGGGACACCAAGUAACAAAGUUGGGAUGGCAGGACAAGGACCAUGAAAUUGAGACUCUCCCACCUAAAUCAAGAUUGUCGGGAGGUGCAGAGUUUGGCGAGCUAUAUCAUAUGGAAUUAGCAGUCAUAAAUUAAAUUUAGCAUUUAAAGAGAUUGCAGUGAUGUUGCAAGAGUCAUUCAGCAUGGUCAUUUUGUUUAUAUUUCACUUGGUUGCUCUGCUUCAAAAGGUGCAUUUUUUGUUUUACAUUUCUAAAUGUUGGACAUCUAUGGGUUAUGACAGUCAAGUAUCUAUGUUGUAACUUAUAGCAAGCAACUCAAUCUCCUAUUCUGCUGUUGUAGUGUAUGUCUCUGUCAAUCUCUCCCCUUUUUCAGUCACUGUCACUGUACUCUGCUUUUCAGUCCUCUGUUUUACCGAACACAAAUAUAUACAUUGUCUGUUUGAAAGGCCAGACUAUUUUCCAGUGUUUAGGGUAGGUAAGUGGAAAUAUAUUAUUCAAAAUGUUUGAAAAAUUAAUGUGGUGAUCAGGUAGUCUGAGAAAUAAAGGCUUGUGGGAAUCUGCAAAUCUUCAAUAUUGGUCACAAAACCAUAGCAACAUUCCUUCUUGAAAUUGAUGUUACCAGGACACUGAGCUUUUUUUACAUACAUAAAAAAGGUGAUGUACAUAUAUAUCUAUAUAAAAACUUAAAAGUAACGGCCAGCUGUAGCUCAUCCUCAGAGGUAUCACAGACACAACCUAAUUCAACAACAUAACCUUUCUCGCAGAGAAGGACUCUUGCAGACACACUUUUAGGCAAUCUGUCAGCCUUUUACAAGCAGCUAGAGGGUUAAAUAAAAGCUCAGCGGUGUGAUGGUUAACCAUGUAAAGAUUGGCAAGCAUUUGCAAGCCAGCACCCAUAUUUAAAAAAUAAAUAAAAUAAAAAAAGGACGUGGGGGUCAAUAUGGCUCCCAUAUUACUUUAAGGGAGUGUGACGAGACCAAUCUCGCCACUGUGCAUUGGAGGAGCCUGGUUGCCUGCCUGCUGCCUUUUGACUAUGGACCGGCAUUUAAAUAUCCUAUUUUCCUAUGCAGAAAGGUCUAUUCAUGUUUUCUGCCCUGGCGUUCGGUAGAUUCUCGGAUUUACUGAAUGAACUCAUAUAACCCAGAUAGCUAUGCCAUGGAGCCUAUUCAUGUAAUAAAAGACUUUGGCUCCAUGGCAAUUGAACUGUAUGUGUUUGUGGUCUGAGCGCCAUUCAGUAUUGUGCGCUCAGACCUAAGCUAUCUGGACAUAUGUUGCAUGUCUGUAUUUUAUGUCAUAAAUGUAACCUUUUGUAUUUUAUUGUAUUUUACUGUCUUUUUGCUGCCAUGUGUUCAAUGGAGUUUUGCCUCUGUCUUUGGAGAUAAUUUGAUUACUUCCCAAUUAUCUCCAGGAUAGAAGACUCUGUGGAACUGGUUUUGGGCAGAAAAGCCAUGCUUCCUGUGGUCACAAAGGACUACGAUCUAUCUUUUGAACCACUGGACCAAUUUGUAUGAUUUUGACGUAUGUUUGUAUUUGGAGUAUGCUGAUUCUGAAAAUGUAAGUGUGAAUGUGAUGCAUACUUUUCAAGUUAUGAAUAAUGUGAACAUUUUUUAUUUCUCUGCAUGUGCUAAAUUACAUUACCCAUUGUGUAAGGUAAUUGAAUCACAAGCAGAGGGGAGGAAUUUGUGUGGGAGUGUCUGAGUUUAUUGUAUGUGUUUAUUGGCUGUGUUCCAAAACCCUGUGGGUGGUACUAAUGUGUAAGAAUGUGUACAUAAGCACAAUAAACCCACAGCUCUGACUGUUCACUGCUUGACCCUCAACACGGAGCCUUGUCUCGUUCUUGGGGGGAUUUACUGUAUGCUGUUCCAGUUUGACUGCUAGGAGUGUAAACCUAUUCGUAUGGUUUUACCUAUUCGGCUGUUUACAGCAUUCGUAUGGUUUCCUGUUCGGCGGAUUGGUGUUCUGCAGGAGCUGUGCCUGUGUCUCUGGAAGGGGAAGAUCUACUAACCCUUUUAUGCUGAGGGUGCCGUUACAGGGAGGUUCUAUAAACUUAUCUUAUGUUGUGGGGGCAUUUCUACUAAACAGUGUGCAGUCAGUGGCUGAUUGUGUGUGUUUAGUCGUUCAGUCGUUUCCGACUCUCCGUGAUGGACCAUAGUACGCCAGGUAUAUCUGUCAGUCACUGCCUCUCUGAGCUCCAACAUGUUCAUGGCUUCAGUGACCUCAUCUAUCCAUCUCUGUCGUCCCCUUCUUCGUGUGCCUUCAAUCUUUCCCAGCAUCAAAGAAUCCUGCCUUCUCAUUAUAUGGCCAAAAUAUUUGAGCUUCAGACUCAUGAUCAUAGCUUUCAGUGAACAGUGUGUCUUGAUUCCUGUAUUACAGAUUUAUUGGAUCUUCUUGCAAUCCAAGGCAUUCUAAGCAGUUUUUUCCAACACCACAGUUCAAAGGCAUAAAUUCUACGACGCUCAGCCUUCUUUAUAGUCCAACUCUCACAUCUGUAUGUUACUACUGGGAAUACCAUAGUUCUGACUAGUUACAUAGUUACAUAGCUGAAAAGAGACUUGCGUCCAUCAAGUUCAGCCUUCCUCACAUAUGUUUUUGCUGUUGAUACAAAAGAAGGCCAAAAACGUAGUCUGAAGUGCCUCCAAUUUUACAACAAACUAGGAAAAAAUUUCUUCUUGACCCCAAAAUAGCAGUCAGAUGUCUCCUUAGAUCAAGCAGCUAUUAACUCACUAAUUAGAAAUUAUAUCCCUGUAUGUUAUGUUUUUGCAAGUAUUUAUCCAAUUUCAGUUUAAACAUCUGUAUGGACUCUGAUAAAAACACCUCUGCAGGCAGAGAAUUCCAUAUCCUUAUUGCUCUUACUGUAAAAAAAAAAACCUUUUCUUUGUCUUAGUUUAAAUCUAUUUUCUUCUAGCCUGAAUUGUGUCCUAUGGAUAGCCCUGUUUAUGAAUAGAUUUCCCCUCUGAGGCGAGAUUUUAAUUUGUAACCUUUCUUCGUAACUAAAAUACUCCAUUCCUUUCAUCAAUUUUGUAGCUUGUCUUUGCACUGAUAUCCUUCUGUAGAACAGGUGCCAAAAAUUGCACAGCAUAUUCAAGAUGUGGUCUUACCAGCAAUUUAUAAAGAGGCAAAAUUAUAUUUUCAUCCUGAGAAUUUAUACACCUAUUUAUACAUGAGAAUUCCUUACUGGCCUUAGCAAUUGCAGAUUGACAGUGCAUAUUGCUGCCUAAUUUGUUUAUAACAAUUCCCAAAUUCUUCUCUUGUGUGGUUAUCCAUAAUUCACUACCAUUUAGGGUGUAAGUUGCUUGUGCAUUCUUGACCCCGAAGUGCAUAACUUUGCAUUUCUCUACGUUAAAUUUCAUCUGCCAUUUUAGUGCCCAGUCCCCGAAACUAUCCAAAUCCCUCUGCAGCAAAGCAAUAUCCUGCUCACAUUUUAUUACUUUACAAAGUUUUGUGUCAUCUGCAAACACUGAAAUAUGGCUUUCAAUGCCUAUUUUAAGAUUAUUUGUAAAUAUGUUAAAUAGAGGCGGUUCCAAAACAAAACCCUGAGGGACACCACUUACCACUUUUGUCCAGCCUGAACAUUUACCCUUAACGACAACUCGUUGUACUCUAUCCUUAAGCCAAUGUUCUACCCAAGAACAAGAAUAAUCAUCUAGACCAAUUUCUUUUAGUUUGAAGACUAACCUAUUGUUAGGAACCGUAUCAAAUGCCUUGGCAAAAUCCAAGUAGAUCACAUCCACUGCUCAUCUAUACUUCUACUUACUUCUUUGUACAAUGCAAUUAGGUUAAUUUGACAUGACCUAUGUUUCAUAAAACCAUGCUGAUUAUUGCUAAAAACAAGGUUCUUCCCAAUGAAUUCCUGAAUAUUAUUUUCACAGUCACAGAAGUUAAGCUCACAGGUCUAUAAUUUCCAGGCAAGGAUUUUGAACCCUUUUUAAAUAUAGGAACAACAUCUGCCUUCGUCCAAUCCUCUGGUACAAUACCUGAAACAAAAGAAUCAUGAAAAGUCUGUCGGUCACCAGUUGUACUAUGCCCUUAGAAAAGUAUACCCCAUUGCCAGAGGACUGUACAUUAAUCAAUAUGGAUCUACCAGAAUACCUGAGGCAUAGACUUGUGACUCGAGAUCAUGAGAGCUAUGUGUGAAAAGAAGUGCUCUGUAGGGAAUCUUUCUUGUGCGAAGAAGUUGUAAGCUCAGUUGCAGAUCUGUUCACCAUGUGUGAGUACUCUUUGUGAGGUCUGGAAAUAUCGACAAUAAGGAGCCAUUCAAAGCUCAGUGGGGUUUUCCCAUGAAGACCUUAUCCUGGAGCGCUUGGAAGCGGAUAAAGAGAUCUGCUGAUGCCGACACCGGUGCCUCUGCUGGCUUCGGAAGCCAAAACAACCCAUCUAACUUCAUGUUUUUUGCCUGCUCAGGUAGCAGCAGGGUGACAAAUAGGCAUCUGAUGACGUGGGGUAAGUCAAAGAGGCCCACCGACUCGGGCACACCCCAGAACUUGAGGUUUUACCAUGUGUGCCACAGGUCCUCUAGUGCCUCAAACCUGUCGGAGAUAGCGGAUUGCUGGUGCUGGAGGUUUGCCACCUGUUGUUGCAUCACUGUUAAUUUUGUGUUGUGGAUGCUUUAGGAGGCCUCCAGCAGCAUUAUCUUAGAGGUGGCAUUCUCAAUGGUGCCCUUGUAGUAGGCCAUAUCGGACGCAAUGUUUUUGCAUAGAUCAGCCAGCAUUUGUUGGAGCAGGUCCGCUGUUACUGGGACCCCUGAUUCUGCAGAGGUCGUCCAUGAGUGCCAUCUCAUUCCAUGUGAUCUGUUGGGAACUCAGCAGCAGAUCACCUAUGUCCCUGCUGGAAGGCCCCUUGUCAGCUUUCUAUUUUUUAGUUUUGAUCUUAUAGAAUACUGGUUGUGAGGUGUGUGACCACAUACAACCCAUUUUUCAUCGGUGUAAACAUGUAGCUGUUAGCUGCCAUUAUUGUUUAAUUUUUGUUAUUUUUUCGUAGCUUUUUAAACGAUUUGGUUCUUUUUUAAAAAAUUUUUCCAUUCUGUGGCAAACCUAGCCACUUGGACUAUAUCAAGAGACUGUACCUUUAAGGGUUGCCUGUAUGUCGGUGGGGAUAUGUGUUCAACUAUGUACAAUGUAUGCUGGCUGUAAUACCUUGAAUUGCCUGUGUUUGCUAUCCGCCGAACGCAGAUAGCUAUUUGUAUUGGUUUUCCUUUCGUUUCACGAACGGCACUUUGGCGGGCCAUUCGUGAACCGAAAACACUACAGAUAAUAGCCCACACAAUUAGAGGCGUGUGGCGCUUGUUAACCGAUUGCAACAAUGUUGCAAUCGGUAAUUAGAGGCUCUCCUGGGUGGCCGCCGUUCGACUACCGACCAUGCGGCGGUCGGCCAUCUUGGAUCCUUUGUUCCCUCAGCGGUGUUAGGUCGUCGAGCGCAUGGUACUAAAAACGGCUACUCGACGGCGCGAACACCGCUGAGCCUCCAGGACGUUCGGGAGUUCCGGGCCGUUCGGUAUUUCAUUCCCUGGAAGGCAAUCGGUCUUUUUAAUAUGUUUCUCAAUAAAUGUGUUUUUCGUGCGGCGUUCGGUUGUUUUAGCUGGGAUCUGAGCGGUAAUCUCACGAAUGAUGCGCUCAGACCCCAGAACGUCCAUUCGUGCAAAUAGACUGCAUAUUCGAAAAGUUAUGUAUUUUAAUAUAAAUUGUCGGUUCUGCUGCACAGAGGGAUAAUCCACUUAACAGUAUAUUCCAGGAGGAGGAUCCCUCUCGUGCAGCAGUGCCUGAUGAGAGAAAUGCUUUGUACUGUAAGUCCCCCAUGUAGUCCCCUCUGGGAAUGUCCCUGGGAAGGGACUCAGGAAACCCCUUGCAUGGGGACUUGUAUAAAUUGUGAAGCUGAAUUAAAAGACCUCAGUUGACUCUCAGAACUGUGUUUCGUCCGGUUACUGGGAGAUUUGGGAUAUUGCCUUGUUGUUUCCAGCGCUUGACUGUGGAUUACUUCCUGAACCAGCGGAAUUCGUGGAUUUAAUAUUGGUGUUCCGCUACACAUUUGAAUAUUUUGUUGUUUUGUAAACAUAAUAUAGAAAGGGGAGAGGGGUACAGAAGGGAAAGGGGGAAGGGAGGAGGGGGUAAUCUGUCUCACAUACAUAUACCAUGAAGUUCAGUAGUAGCAAUAUGAACAAUAUACAACAAGCAUAUUAAAACACACACAGGUGUCUCAGAAGUGGGCUUCUGGGGAUCUAGAAAUUUACAAUCUAUGUACAGGGCGCCUGUAUAGGCGACUUUACGUCUUAAUAUAGCAUACCAUAAGCUAACAUAAUAAAACAACAUAACGGUGGUCCUGAUGGAACUCUGAGUUAUCGAUAUUCUGGGGUUUACUUACUAAGUUGUUUUGUUAUAUCCACUGUCGACUGCUUCAUCAUCAUUGGUUACAAUAGGUUAUUUGGUUACAGUAGAUUGUUUGUUUGAACCUGAUCUCCAUGAGCUCCACAAGUCCCAAGACUGCAGGAACAUCUUAGAAUGGGUGAAUAUAUAUGUAAAGCCCCUUUCACAAUUGUAUUGAGUGCCCAUGUCAGUAAGUAUAUCUAGGAGUUUAGGGUGGGGGGGGGAGGGAUUUCCACGCUCUCGCUAUCAUCCUCUGUGCAGUUAAGAUCUCAAGAAGUGACAAUUUUUGUUUACAUCUGGGCAUUGAGCUGUGCAAGUCCAGUAGUAAAUAUAUCCUAGCUUCCAGUUUAAAGGUAGUGUGCCUAAGUUCUGUGAUUAAGUCAUGAACGUCACGCCAAAAGUGAGCCAAUUGCCCACAAUCUCACCAUAUGUGGAGCAUGGUACCUUCCUCUAGGCCGCAUCUCCAACCAUUGGAGGGGGUAUUAGGAAAACAUUUUUUGCAAUUUGGGGGGGAACUAGAUACUACCUGUACAGUACUUUGCGUUCCUGCUCAGUUUGCAUUGAGGGUUUAAUUAGGCCUUUCAGGGAAUUAAUCAUCUUGUCCCAUUCUUUGGGAGUGAUGGAGCAGCGGAGAUCAGUCUCCUACUGUAUAGUAAGUUUCGUUUAGGAGAAGGGUUUACAAUCGAGAUCAUCUGAUAAGAUUUGGAGAUCGGUUUACAUUUAUAUGGUAGCAUUGCAUUGAUACACAUUUGUUCCCAUGCUGUAACUAAAGUAGAAGGUGCCACCUGUGGGUGUAUCUGAAGUGGGGCUUUCUUUAGAAAGGAUCUGAGUUGUAGGUAGGAGCAGGGAAUACUGAAGAGUUAAUGAUGCAAAAUCCAUCAUGUCUUGUGAGAGAUACAGGUGGUACAUAUGUGUAAUCCCUUUAUCUAGCCAAGACUUUGCAUAGUAUACAGAAUGUUAGAGCUUUAUUUGGGGUUGCUAAGGAGGUACCUCCUGUUCCACACAAUUUGUAUAUAUAUUUAUCCUACAUUUUUAGGAAUAGUUGAAUCUGCAGGGAGGUGGAGAGGGGUAUGGAUGGACGUGAAUGUUUCAGUAGCCACAUCAGACUGUUAAGUCAUAUGGGCCGAUCGUGUGUUCUUCUAGGUAUACCCAUUGCGGCUUAGAGUCGCGUAAUAAAAGAAGUAUGUUGGUGGCUAAUACCACAGCACGAUUACUUGGGACUACUAGCCCUCCCUUUUUAAAGGGCGCCUGCAACAGUUUUUGAGCUACUCUGGGUCUCUUUCCUAUUCAUAUAAACUUGUUCUGGUCUGUCAGUAUGGUCCUAAAAUAAGAGUGAGGAAGGGGUAACGGCAGUGUACGAAACAGAUAUUGUAAUCUGGGGAGGAUAGACAUUUUGAAUGUCACUAUAAAAUCAGACAAUGUUAGGAAGAGGGGUAACCAUUUCUGAAGUAGUUGGCGGAACUUAUUCCAUAUUUGAACAUAGUUGGCUGGGAAAAGGUCAGUGGGGUGUUUUGGUGACAGUCAAACCUAAAUAUUGGUUCUCCAAUCAAAUGUGUACUUUGACUUUAGUGAUGUCACCACAGCAGAUGGAAUCAGCAGAUGGAAUCCCAAUGGACAUUGCUUGAGUUUUACUGGAAUUGAGGGAGUAGUACGAUACUCUUCCAUAGCUAGCAAUAAUUUGGGUUAAUGCUGGAAGGGAUUCUUGGGGAUCAGUGAGGUACAGGAAAAUGUCAUCUGCAAAUGCGCUAAGUUUGAUUUGCUUGCCACCCACAGAAACUUUGUGGAUCAGUGGGUGGUCCCUGGUGCAUUGUAAUAGGGGUUCAAGAGCCAAUACAUAGAGGUGAGGGAAAAGGGGGCAUCCUUGCCUCGUUCCAUUGUGUAUGGGAAAUUGGGGGGGGGGAGAGAGGAAAUUUCCCUGUAUAACCCAUGCUUUAGGAAAUGAGUAUAGUGUAAAGAUCAGCAUGACAACCUGGGAGCGGAAACCAUAAAGCUCUAAUGAGGUCCCAGUUGAGGUGGUUGAACGCCUUUUCCACAUCUAGUGCCACAUAAUAGACCACCCCGGCCAGCUCCCGCAUCUGCUUGAGAACCAAGGACAGCUUUCUUGUGUUAUCGAGACCUUGUCUGUCGUCUACAAAACCUGUUUGGUCAUCGUGAAUAAAUUGUGGGAGCACAGGGCUCAACCUGUUGGCUAAGAUCUUUGCAUAAAUCUAAGCGUCCGUAUUGAGGAGUAAGAUAGGGCGGACAUUUUUACAGUUAUCUGGGAACUUGUCGGGUUUGCAUAUUGUAACAAUUGUAGCUACCAACAUUUCUGGUGGUAGAUUUCCCUUUUCUGUGGCUCAGUUAUGCACUUUAAACAAAUAAAAGUCAAGUAUAUCAGCACAUUUUUUAUAGUACUGGUUGGAAAAUCUGUCAGCUCCUGGUGAUUUGCCUAGGGUAGGUUGUGUAUCAAUGUGAGUAAUUCAUCUAGUGUUAUAGGUUGGAGUAGUUUGCUCUUUUGUUCUUCUCUAAGUUGGUGUAAUAAAACUGGGUCGAGAAAUCCAUCAAUAUCACUUGCUGUGGGUGUAUGGGUGUUCUUGUUUAAGUGUAGGUUAUAUAGGUUGGAGUAGCCAAUUUAGCCAAUUCUGUACUAAUCUCCUGGGGGGCCUAUACAGUCCCUCCCUCCUUCUCCGUGGAGCAAAGCAAUUCUGCGUUGUGCUUGUUUGGCCCUUAGUCUGGCCGCAAAGGCCUUAGUUGCUUUACCAGUCAUGUGGUAACUAGUGGCACAAAGCUUUUGCAGAAAACGUUUGGUUUUAUUAGUUGUAUUUGUUUGAGUGUUGUGUUUAAUUUGCAAAGCAAGUCUGGGGAUGGGUGUUGUUUGUUUUGGGCGGAUAGAAUUGCCAACCUUUUGUGGCUGUCAUUGAAGUCUUUUUUGCGUUUAUUUUUGGUGUAGGAGGCUUGGUGGAUUAGUAACCCUCCUGGCUACUGCUUUGUGUGCUGACCACACGCAUCUCAUACUUCACCUAACGAGUUCGUUUAAAAUUAUUCUAUAAGCUCUGAGAGCAUGGAAUCAACACAUUUUUUAUCCAUAAGAAGUGAUUUGUUAAUAUGCCAUGUGCCUUUCCCUUUGAACUGGUAGAUAUUGUGGAACUCUAAAUACACCGGGCUGUGGUUUGACCAAUGUUACAAGCUGACAUCUAGUCCAAGGAUAUACCAUCCCAGAAAAAGGUAUCUAUUCUAGUGUACAUGUUAUGGACUCUUGAGUGGAAUGUAUAAUCCCUUUCUUGCAGGUGGAGUGUCUUCCAUACAUGAUAUAGUCAUAACAAUGAAAGUACCUUGUCAAUAUUCUUACAGAUAGAGGUUAUGUGUCUUAGUCUCGGCUUGGUAAAGGACGCUGUAGUGUCUAAUAAGGGGGAUUGUAUGAAGUUAAAAUCCCCACCGCAUAUCAAUCCACCUUUCUUGUUAUACAGUUACAUAGUUUCAUAGCUGAAAAGAGACUUGCGUCCAUCAAGUUCAGCCUUCCUCACAUUUGUUUUUGCUGUUGAUCCAAAAGAAGGCAAAAACAAAACAUUUUGAAGCACUUCCAAUUUUGCACCAAACUAGGAAACAAAAUCCUUCUUGACCCCAAAAUGGCAGUCAAAUUAAUCCUUGGAUCAAGAAGCUAUUACCCUACAUUGAAAAAUGAUAUCCUUGAAUACUCUGUGUGACAGAACCAUCUGUGUGCCUAUGCGUGGUGGAUUCGUCUGUUUUGCCCUCCUUUCGUGGAAAUGGCUGUUUCUAUAGCCCAUGUAUACGAAAGACCAGCGGUGUUUGGCAGUGAUUUAAUUUUACUAAAAACUUACACUUUUUCUGCCGAACACUGCUGAAACAACGGGUCGCCCUGCUCCAUCGACGAAAGCAUGCGAACACCGGCCGUUCGGGAGUUUGGAAUCACACGAAAAGACUUAACCCAGAUAGCCUUCCCAUGGAGUCAAUCGCAUACCGAAAGACUGUAAGAACUUUGACUCCAUGGCGAUUGAACUAUGCGUAUGGGAUCUAAGCGCUAUUCGCUAAUAAUAUGCCCUCAGAUCCAGGCUAUCUGGGGAUAUGUGAUACGAAUGUGAAAUAUUCGGUAGUUGUGGAAUUAUAUAUUUUUGUGUGUUUCCUGGCAUUUUAUUUAAGAUGGCGAUUUGUCUUUGUCCUGGAGAUAAUUGAAUUACUUCUCAAUUAUCUCCAGGGCAGAGGGGAGGAAACCAUAUUGCAUUGUGGGAAAAGUUUACAUCUGUAUGUCUGAAAUGUCCCCAUGUCUAUCUGUCAUUUCAGUCUCCCAUUUGGUCCCCUAGGGGAGUGUCCACCAAGUGGGAGACCUGCAUAAAUACGGGCGGGUAGCCCACAGUAAAGCCAGAUAGUGUUUGACCCUCAAUGCGGAGCUUUGUCUCGUUAUUGGGGGGAUGUAUUACCGACGACUAGAGACUGAUUGCUGGAACCGAAAGCCGCUUGGUGGAUAUCUUUGUUCGGCGGUUAGCGGCGGUUCGUGGAUUUCUGUUCGGGAGUUUGGAGCCUUUCACGGAUCCCGUUCGGGAGAUUACCGCUUCCCCUGAUGGUAGUUUGUAUACUGCAGUCUAUGCGAACGGAGUAUUGAUAUUGCGAAGGGGGAAGGUUAACUAAAUAGCGGUUUCUCUUAAAGACACCAGGGGUGUCUUAACACUCUGUUUUUGCAAGUAUGCAUCUAGUUGCUGUAUGGACAUCUGUAUGGACUCUGAUAGAACCACUUCAUCAGGCAGAGAAUUUCACAUCCUUAUUGUUCUUACAGUAAAAAAAAACCUUUUUUUUGUUUUUGCCUUAGACAAAAUCUUAUUUCUUCCAAUCUAAACACAUGACUUCGUGUUCUAUGUAAAGUCCUGUUUGUGAAUAGAUUUCCACACAAUGGUUUGUAUUGGCCCUGGAUAUAUUUGCAUAAUGUUAUCAAAUCCCCUCUUAGGUGAUGUUUUUCUAAACUAAAGAGGUUUAAAUUUGUUAACCUUUCUUGAUAGCCAUUCCUUUUAAUAAUUUUGUAGCCCACCUCUGCACUUUUUCUAGUGCCAUAGUAUCCUUCUUUAGAACAGGUGCCCAAAAUUGCACAGCAUAUUCAAGAUGUGGUCUAACCAGUGAUUUAUAAAGAGGCAAAAUGAUAUUUUCAUCCCAAGAAUGAAUGCCCUUUUCAAUGCAUGACAAUACCUUGCUGAUUGACAUUGCACAUUGUUGCAUGGAUUGUUGUCUAUAACAAUUCCCAAGUUCUUUUCGUGUGUUAUCUCUAAUUCGCUUCCAUUAAGGGUAUACGUUGCUUGUGCAUUCUUUAUGCCGAAGUGCAUAACCUUGCAUUUUUCAACAUUAAAUUUCAUCUUCCUCUUGAGUACCCAGUCCCCAAGUCUAUCUAAAUCCCUCUGCAGCAAAGUACUAUCUUGUUCACAUUGUAUUACUUUACAGAGUUUUGUGUCAUCUGCAAAAACUGAAACAUGGCUUUCAAUGCUUUUUUUCAAGAUCAUUUAUAAACAUGUUAAAUAGAAGGGGUCCCAGAACAGAACACUAAAGGGACACCACUUAUCACCUCUGUCCAACUUGAAAAUUUACCAUUAAUGACAACUCUUUGUACUCUAUUUUUAAGCCAAUGUUCUACCCAAGAACAAGCAUUUUCAUCUAGACCGAUUUCCUUGAGUUUGAACACUAAUCAAUUGUGUGGACCUGUAUCAAAUGCCUUGGCAAAAUCCAAAUAGAUCACAUCCACUGCAACACCCUGAUCUAUACUUCUACUUACUUCUUCGUAGAAUGCAGUCAAGUUAGUUUGACAUGACAUAAAUAGCAUAAUAAUAAUAAUGACCUGUGCUUCUCAAAGAAUUCUUGAAUAUUAUCCCCUAAUAACCUUUCAAAUACUUUUCCAGCCGCAGAAGUUAAGCUCACAGGUCUAUAAUUUCCAGGCAAGGAUUUUGAACCCUUUUUGAAUAUAGGAACGACAUCUGCCUUCCUCCAAUCCUCCGGUACAAUAAAACAAAAGAAUCUCGAAAGAUUAAAAACAGAGGUUCGCUUAUUUCUACACUUAAUUCCUAAGUACUAGUGGAUGAAUACCGUCAGGCCCUGGAGGUUUGUUUGAUUUUAACAUUCUUUAGCUGCAGCACCUUGUCUUGAGUUAACCAAACAAUUUUUCAGCAAAUUUUUAGCAGAAAUCAUUUGCACAUCUAUUGCCAUGGGUUCUUCCUUAAUAUAUACGGAUGAGAAAUAGUUAUUUACAUUUUCUGCCUUUUCCUGGUCUUCAUUAACUAACACCCCAUCCCAGUGUUUAGGGUACCUACACUUAAAUUUUUUGUUUUUUUAGAAUUUAUGUACUUAAAAAAUUAUUGCGGUUGAUUUUGCUCUCUUUGACGAUUUUUUUCAUUUUGAAGUUUAGUGAAUCUAAUCGCCGUUUUGCACACAUUAUUGGCUUCCUUAUAUCUUUUAUAGGAUGCCCCUAAUUUGUCUGAUUUAAAUGCUUUAAAUGCCCUUUCUUAUUUUUAAUCUCUUGUUUUACUUCUCUACCAAGCUGCAUUGGUUUCGAUUUGUUUCUUUUAAUUUUAUUACCCAAUGGUACAUACUGAGAAAUGUACCUUUCUAAUAUUUGUUGGAAGAUGUUCCAUUUAUCCUCAGUGUUCUUUUCACUAAAGAGUUUAUGCCAGUCAAUAUAUUGUAAAGCUGCCCUCAACUUAUAGAAAUUGGCCUUUUAAAAAUUAUAUGUUUUAGUAUAUCCCAUAUGCUUUUGUUUUUUUUUAGUUUAUUUCAAAGGACACUAUAUUGUGAUCACUAUUUCCCAAGUGCUCUCCUACUUGAAUGUUGGUCAAAAGAUCAACGUUAUUUGUUAGAACCAGGUCCACAUAAGCAUUCUUUCUUGUUGGUCUUGUAUAAGUUGCGACAUGAAGGUGUAAUUUAACAGGUUCAAUUUCCUUUGCUGAACUACUAGUCCCUCUGUUCCAAUUUAUGUCUGGGUAAUUAAAAUCUCCAAUAAUUAAUGGGUUACCCAGAUUUGCAGCUAUCCCAAUUUGCUCUAACAGCUGUUCUUCCUCAUCAUUUUAACAUAUGCCAACCAAUAGUUGAUUUACCUUAUUUUGCCCCAAGCAGAUAUUUACCCAUAAAGCUUUCACAUCACAUUCCAUUUGCUUAACAUUUGGCUUUAACUCAUGGUUGACAUACAAACACACUCUACCACCUUUCCUGCUUUUGCUGUCCUUCCUAAAUAGUGUGUAUCCAUUUAAGUUAACUACCCAGUCAUGUGUCUCAUCCCAUCAUGUUUCAGUUAUGCCUAUUAUGUCAUAUUGUUUAGUGUAUGCUAUUGCCUCUAGUUCCCCCAUUUUGUUAUUUAGGCUCCUUGCAUUAGUAAGCAUACAUUUAAUAUUAUCAUGAAUCACUUUUUUGUAAAUUAUCAACAUUACAUACUGUGAUGAACUGAACCUCGUCACUGGUUCUUGGAGGUUCUGGCAAGCCACUUACCCUGUGACUAUGGCCCCUGCAAUAGACCUGGCUAAAAAACUUUAAACAGGCUCAGUUAGUGCAAUUGGGACUAUAUGGUUCAUUUACCAAACAACCUCACGAACCAGAGACCACCCUGUAGCUUGUUCACACCUAUUAACAACUUGGAACGUUUCUCACCACAGUGUUCUAAAUGUUCGUCUUGGUGGCCACAAUUCCUAUGGACGAGGUUGGCCAUCUUGUUUGCAUGAACGCAGGCAAUGGUGUUUGGACAUGAAUCUCCUGGAACUAAAAUUGGAUACAGAAACUUCCAAACAUCGCUGGACUGCCAUCAUCGCCUGCAUUCGGUUCUAUACAAGUUAGAGGAGCAUCGUCUGGAUGAAGAGAACAAGCUCCAGGUUCUCACUGUGACAUCCAGACAAAGUUCCCAACAGGGGAUUUGAACCUGGGUGCUUUAUGGUUCUCAGCCUGUGUUCCUGCCUCUGAGCCACUUCGGUUCUUGGUUUGGUCAAUCAUGGUCCAGCUGUAAAGUAGCACUGAUUAGCCAGGUAUAAGACACUGCCUCUCCCUGAGGGCAGUGUCAGUUCAUUGACUCUGGUUCCUGUGUUAAUAUUCGUAAUCCAGUGUUCUCCAGUUGGCUCCUGACCUUGACUUUAUCCUGAUUUCUGGCAUCCUCUGACUUUGGCAUACCCUUGACGAUUCUCCUGCUUGUGCCCUUACCUGUACUGCGACUUGAAGCAAUAUCCUGCACAGCCCACAUGCACAGACUCACAGGCCAGGUGAAUUCUUACCUGACCACUUUGGCCUGUGUUUAAUUGCAAGGGUAAGCAUAAAUCUCUGCCUACCGGACUCCCAACUAAGGUAAGCCGUGACAGUUUGGUAGUUUGUUCGUUUUCAAACUACCGAACUAGACUGACCGCAAGCCCUGAUUCUCUGGAACUAUUUUGGGCAUGGGACCAUGCCUGCGGUCGUUCAAAUAAAUGAUUUCCAGAGAAUUCUUGAACCCCUGAACAGAUCUGAGUGAUUUUUGGAUAUGUUGGUCACCCAGAUCAGGGCUAUCAGGGGAUAUGGUUUAUGUAUUUUUAGGGUACUUUUGGUGUGUUUUUAAAAAGUGUAUUUUUUCAUUGCUUGGAGAUGAUUGGAUUAGAAUUAGUACAGUUACUGAUCCAAUUAUCUCCCAGGCAGAGGGGAGGGAUUGUGUGCUUUGUGUGGGAGUGUCAUGCCUUGUAACCUUAUUGUUAUUGGUCUGUGAAGUUGCAAAUCAGUUCCCCACAAGAUCCCUGUGGGCCUACCCCUUGCAUGGGGAUUGUCAUAUAAACCCAAGUGUGGCUCCCAUGAAAUUGAGAUUCGUUUACCCAUUCAUGAAGUCUUGGCUCAUGUUUGGGGGAUAGGAGAACUACAUUCAUUCUGGGAAUUGCUAUAUCACAAUACUCCCCUAAGUAUAAUCACUAGCUCUUAUAGGAGCUGUUCCUGCUACGCUCUCUGGACUAGGAAGGUAUACCAACUGAAAGCUGGAUCUGGGUCUUGGGCCCAAGGUGGGUGGAGGACAGCGAGACCCCAACCAAGCUGCAGUGGUUUGUGGGGUUCCAGUACAGUGCUUAUGGUGCUCGCAAGUACUAGGAAGCAGCGAUGGAUGGAGGUACCCAGUCGGGGUGCCAUCCCUCUUCUACUGAGCUAAAGCCUUUCUGUCCAAUCUCCAUUUUGUAGAUAACUAUGAUCUUCUAGUUUAAAAUCUCCUCCAACCUUUUAGCCAUCCAAUCUCCCAGAACUGUUCCCUUGGCUGUUCAAAGGAACAGCUUCCUCUAAUACAGCUACUCCUGAGUUGAUGCUUCCAACAUCUUCACUCAAAUGGGCAAAUCAUCUAGGUUGCACAAAAUCAGGACUAGCUAGCCCUUUCCUCUUUCCUCUCUCCCUGCUUCCUCGCCCCACUGUCACCCAGCUACGUACCUGUUACCCAUGUGUCUUAUCUCCUCCCACUCCACUACCUUUCGCACUAAACGCUGCUCAGUGAGCCACAGACUCCUCUCAAGAUUGCCAAUCUCCCUCAAUGUUGCGAUUUGCUUCUCGAGAUCUCCAAUCUGAAACGGGUACAUCCAGGCAUGCAUUCAUGUAACAAAAUGUGCAUUGAGUCAAACCUGCAAUCUUGCUAACACUCUUUUCCCCAGAUACAGAACAGUAAAACAAUUACAUUGUUAGUUUAAACCCCUUGUUUGUUUUAAAUCCUGGUUUUCUAACUCCUACUUAAUAGAGCAGCACAAAGGAGGGAAAAAAACAGAACAUAGAAAAAUACAAAUAAAAAAGCUUUUAAACCUUGGCUAAUAAAGCAGAUUAAACAAAAAUAAAAUACAAACCACUCUCCACAGUAUACAAGCCACUCUCCAAUGAACUCCUGGUUUUCUAACUCCUACUUGAAAGAAUCUACUAAACCCCUUAAGGACGGCGGGCGUGCUAUGUCGUCUUUGGGGAACUAGCUCUCAAUGCCGACAGGCAGCAAUGCACGUCCACACUGUCCUUCCCACUUACCUGCAUGCUGGGCGAAUUACCUGACAUCACAGGGAGUCCCCCUGCUGCCAAUCUGGCCCUCCUGGGCCAUAUGAUCGCGAGGUCCUUGCGAGAACCUCACGAUCACAUGGACGGAAUAGCCGUCCAUAGCAGUGCCAGCAGGGGGAGUGCCUGGAAUGACAGGUAAUCCCCCUGCUACCUGAAAAAAAGUUUAAUAAAGUGUAAAAUAAAAUAAUAUUUACUUUGAUCAUAUAUAUAUAUAUAUACACUUACACAUACAUACACAGUCUAAGUGUAUUUUAAUAUUAAUAUAUAUGUAUAUAUAUUAAUAUCAAAAUACACUUAGAAUGAUAUUAAUUAAAUAUAUAUAUAUAAUUAUAUAUAUAUAUAUGUAUAUAUAUAUAUAUAAUGUAAAAUAAAAAAUAUAUAAAUACAUUAAAAAUGAAAAAUAAUAAAAUAUAUAUAUAUAUAUAUAUAUAUGUGUAAUUUCGUUCUAACGGUAUUUUGAUAUUAAAAAAAAAAAAUAUAUAUAUAUAUAUAUAUUUAUAUAUAUCAAAGUACACUUAGAAUGAAAUAAUAUAUAUAUAUCUAAAUACAUAAGAAUAUAUGUAUAUAUCACUAUAUAUAUAUAUAUAUAUAUAUAUAUAUAUAUAUAUAUAAAAAUAAUUUUAAACUAUCCUACACUCAUACUGGAACCUUACUCCAUAUAGGGCUAUUUGCCCCUAACACAAGUAUUAAGGCUGUUUGGCCUGUAAUUGAGGGAGGGGCUUAAGUUUAUUCACUUACCUAUAUAAGGUACACCCCUUACCUAACUCCAUAACGCUCAAGGUCAGCUUCUGAAUGACCCUCCCACCCACUCCUCAUUCUCAACACUUUCUUUUCUUUCUAUUUUCUUUACUUUUCUUACUCCUUGGUGGGCCCUCUUUAUUUACAGGCCUACUGUAUCGUCGGUCUUGGCACACCUCAACCGACUUUGCUCUUUUAUACUAUUCUACGCUCAUACUGGAACCUUACUCCAUGUACGGCUAUUUGCCCUUAACACAAAUAUAUAUAUAUAUAUGUAUAUAUAUAUAUAUAUUUGUGUUCGGGGCAUUCCCAUAUCAUAUGGAAUACGCUGGUGAAGAGAAAUAAAUAAAAGGAAAUAUUCGGUUGAGGUGUGCCGAAACCGAUGUAUGCUGUAGGCCGGUAAACAAAGUGGGCUUACAUAGAGGAAAAAUAUAGCUAAUGGGAGUAGAGGGUGGGCCUGUUCGUCUAGACCAACAAAGGUAAGUAAGGGAAGGGGGAGUCCCUUAAGUAGGUCUGUAGUCCCUCCACAACUUCAGGCCAUGCCUUCCAAUUUGUAUUCGGGGCAUUCUCAUAUGAUAUGGAAUACGCUGGUGAAGAGAAAUAAAUAAAAGGAAAUAGUCGGUUGAGGUGUGCCGAAACCGAUGUAUGCUGUAGGCCGGUAAAUAAAGUGGGCAAAAAGAGGUAAAUCAAAGAAAACAUAGUACAUUAUUACAUAUUAAGUAGACAUCUUAAUGAAAGCCCUCCUAAUCUCUUGGACUGGGUGUGGGAUGUAAGUGGCGUAAGCCGAGGACUUCCAGCGACCCAGUGUCUUAAUCAUGUGUGCUGGAAUGUCUUGGCUAGGGGCCAUGGAGGCCGCUCCAAUUCUGAAGGAGUGCCCUGACUAGUUGCUAGGAUUUAGACCAAGUCUGAUGAUAAGCAUACGGACAUAAAUCAUGAAUUUUGCCGUGGUAAGAAUUGCAUUGUGUAAUAAUAGUAGUGGUUUUGUGGUGCGUGUUGGUGUUGUGGCUAAGAAAUCGUCCAGUACUUUAACCAGACACCAAUUGUUCCCUGUGGGGUAGUAGGUUAUGUGAACCGGUUCCCCCAUCUGACUUGUUUUGGUCUUAGGUAGUGUCAGGACGUAGUAAUCUGUGUGUUUCAUGAGGUAAGAGGUGAGGAGGCACCCUUGGCUAUGGUGCUGGCCACUAAUGGUGAAUUCUCUUGGUCUAAGAAACCCAUAAAAAGCUAGAUAAAUGGCGGUUUUAAUGGCCGCAUUCAUAUGGGGUUCAAAUGGUGCCUGGUCAAGUAGGACGGACAAGGAUUUGAACAUUUUAAUGUCAAUGGCCAGUCUCUUGAGUGUUGCAGGGCCGUCCGCUUUCGCUAUGCCCUUCAGUAGUGUUCGGAUGGGGUAAGAAGUUAAGAACCCUUUGUGGUUAGGGAAGGAGCAAUACAUAUGGUGUUGUAUCCCAAUGAGGUACAGCUUAAUAGUAUUAUGUGAGAAUUUAAAUUUAAGGUGGCAAAAAGAUGCAAAAGCUAUCAGUGAAGAAACCUCAAACAAGUUGGCUAGGUGAUGGUCAGACAUGAAUUGUUUGUACAAGUGAAAAGCUAUGUGAUACACGUGUUGAGUGCUGGUUGAUAAGGCUAACUUAGUGAGAACGUGGCUGUGCUGAAGUAGUUCAUCUACUCCAUGAUAAGGUCUUGGAAAGUUGGAGCUGGGGUUGCCACACGCGCUGCCGAGGGUAGGGACAGUCUGAAAGCCUGAAAUUGAAAGCGAGAUAGUUGAUCAGCUGCCGUGUUGUAUAUGCCAGGAACAUGGGAGCAUACAAUGUGGAACUGAUGGUAGUUGCCAGCCAUGUCCGUUUCCUAAGGAAACUCAUAAUCGCCAAGGAGGAAGAGCGACCCUUAUUAAUAAUGUGACAUAUUGCCAGGUUGUCAGAAAAGCAGCGUACGGAUUGCACUUUCCACAACCUACACCAAGUGACAGCUGCAGCAACUAUUGGGUACACUUCAAAUAGGGCCGAGUUAGUGUGAAACCCCUCAAUGUCCUGUGUUUCUGUUGGCCAGGUCCCCCAGAGCCAUUCUGUGCCGAAAAUGGGCGCAUAUCUCGCGGAUGAUGCCGCGUCUGUCCAAAUGACAGGUGACUGUGAAUCAAUCUGCGGGAGGAACAUGCUCCUCCCAUUCCAGUCCGAGAGAAAUUUGUACCACAUCUGGAGGUCAGUGGUCGCAGGACAGUCCAAGGACAUGCGGACAUAGUCGUUGGAGAAGGUGGGGAACAGGGCGAGGAGCCUAGAAAUGAAAGCCAUGCCCUGGGGGAUUAUGCGCAUGGCGAAAUUUUGUGAACCCAAAAGUGAUUGUAAUUCUUUACGAUUGCAAGACCCCAUGUGCAUGUAGUGACUAAUAUCGUGUAGAAUGUGAACAACCUUUCCUCUAGGGAAGCUGGCCAUCAUUGUUGAUGAAUCCAGCAAAAUAUCAAGAAAGUUUAUGAUUGUGUCUGAUCCUUCGGUUUUAGUGGGUGACACGGGGACACCGUGGGGGUUGGAAUUAGAUUUGAUGAAAAGAAAAUCAUCUAAGUAAUGUAUCACAUUUGGGCACCUGCAGGUAUUAAGGAGGAGCCAACACAAAGCUUCUGUGAACGUGUCAAAAAUCCUCGGACUACUCUUGGCCACAAAGGUGAGCUUUGUAAAAAGUAGUAGGCGUCUUGCCACUUAAAGCCAUGCAGGUGCCACAAAGAGGGGUGUAUAGGUAACAAUUUAAAAUCAUUCACAAUAUCUGUCUUGCUAAGCCAAGCCCCCAACCCUGCCAAUCUGAUAGCCGCAAUAGCGUCAUCAAUAGUGGAGUAUUGUAGGGAAAAUUCCUCAGAUGGAAUCAGUGAGUUUAGGCUGGGGAUGGCUGAAGAGUGGGGUGUGGAUAGGUCAAUGAUGAGUCUUAGUUUCUCAGAAUUUUUGCUGGAAACCAGCCCGAUAGGGUUAGUUCUCCAGCUGGAAGGGGGGGGAGGGGUUAAAAAAGGCCCAAUGACAAAUCCCUGAUCCACUUCAAGUUGUAACAAGGUAGUAACUGAAGUAGGGUGAUUAGUGGCAGACUGCAAAUUGUGACACUGUUGGCAUGUAAAUGAGCCCAGUGUGAAAACCCUGGGUGAGACCUGUGCAUAAAAAUUCCACGAGAUGUUUGGAGGGGCGAGUGGACAGCAUACAUGCAAGUACAGGAACGUUCACCGGAGACAAAUAAGGUUUAUGGUACAUUUUAUUAGGGCACAUGGAUUUCGCAUGUGCCCUGAAACAAUGCGAGAAUACGUGUAAUAAGCGGCAGGCGCUGUAAUCGCAGGAGCCCUCAUUGAAAUUAUUGCAAAUCUGAGAUUUGCCUAGGUACACUACUGGACGACCCAGUUUGUCUCUGGUCUGUUUCUCAGCCCUUGGGGGAUGCUGUAAGGAUGAGCCGGGAGCACUGUCCGGACAGAGAGGGCAAAAAUGCGUGAGCGGGUGACGUACAUAUGGCAUAAGCUGGUGUCCUAAGCCCCGCAAAAUGUCUGAGGAACAGUUCAUUGUCCAAUUGGCUCCAAUCCAUCUGGAUGCCGUACUGGGACAACGUGGCCGACACUUUUGAUGAAAAGGACUUGUGAUAGUUGUAAAAAGUAUAGCCACCAUACUUAUUACCUAGCUCCACCAGCUUAUGCAUAUAUAGAUCCAGUUCCUCUCUCCUAUGGGGAUGAACCGUGCAUAGAAUAUCCUUAAAGAUACCGAAAGCUAGAACAAAAUCAGGAAUGGCCAGUUUCUUACUGAGUCUGGGGUCUCUGGCUUUUAAAACCACCAAGAUGUCCCCGUAGUCGUAAGACCGGUUUUCCACAAUAUCCUGGGAGGCAAUGAGCAGUGAGACUAAGUUAACGUCCUUGCCUUCCAGGAUGUCCUUUUUAAGAUUAGCCGGAACCAUGUGGGCAGGAUUAAUAACGUGGGCGGUUGCCUUGGUGGAUAUGGAAUUACCCGCUAUUGCUGUGGGUAUGACUGGGAUUACUUCGGUAAGAGGGCCAGGAGGCUGUACAGGGAAGCUACGGGCUUCCAGCCUCUCCAGCCUGUGGUUGACCUUCCCCAUAGAAGAGAUUAGGGAGGCAACCAUAGCAUGGAGAGUCGGAUCUUGAGAGCUACUUGUGCCUUCCCCUGCGUCUGUAUUAAGGGUAUCGGUUCUUAGAAAUUUGAACAGUUCUGCUUUCCUGGCAGUAGCCGGGAAGGGGAUACUGCGUUUGCGUAAUUCUGCAGUAAUGCGGGGGAUAGUCCAUGAUCUGAUGGACGAGGGACUUCCAAUGUCACCCUUGCGAGUCGGGGUAAGUGACCUAGCAGGGGUGCUAGGGAUUGACAUAUCCUCACCAUCGUCUGGGAGUAGGGACAUACUGAAAAUAUAUAUUAGAUAUGUUGGUAACCAGGGUUGGGAAUUAACAGGUGGCUAGCUAGUGCCAGAUGGCGAAAAAUUAUUCUAGGAUUUGUGGCAGGUGAGGCCCUGCUAAUGCCAAGUGGCUAGAGAGGCUCUAUCUAUGAGUUUAGCGCGAGGGGCGUGGUAACCUACACCGGUGAUGGGACGUUGGCCUCUCCAUGAGUAGACAGGGGGGUAUUUGGCAGUGACUGGUGUCGCCCUCUCUAUAUAAUUUGCGAGGCGACUAACUAUGAUUUGGCCCGAGGGGCGUAUAGUACCUCGAACUGGAAGAUGGGAGUUGGCCUCGCGGACCGCUAGGACUGGGGGGCAGGGAAAAUAACUAAACGGCCGUGUUGAAAAUAACGUGAACCAACAUACCUGCAGAAAAAGUGAGCCCUGGCUUCUGUAUAAGAGAAACCAGAGGUCUCUUAAGUAGAAUACGUCCUUGCAGGCAUAUAUUGCCCAAAUACGAACCAAAGACAGCUUUUGCAAAAAAAUUUGCACAAACUCACCCAAAACGACAUUUGGAGCCACCAUCAUAUGUGGUGACCUAAACUACGUACUGGAUUCACGCAUGGACACAACACUGCCUGGUUUCUCCCCAUGACAUUCCGCAACCAGGAUACAAAGCAAAGCUAUACUCAAACUAAUAACAGAACACAACUUAUAAAAUGCCUGGUGGGCACUACACCCUACAGACAAGGAGUUUACAUACUACUCACAGGUACACAAGUCGUUCUCACAAAUAGACCACAUCCUGCUGUCGGGGCCACUAGUUUUAAGAACCACCCAGUGCAAAAUUGGGGACAUCGUGUGGUCAGACCACACACCAAUUACCAUAACCUUGAGAGGUCCAUUUCCUCAUAGAGGCCAGGCGCUGUGGAGCCUAAACGAAUCCCUGCUGCAUGACCCUACCUUCCUCACCCAGAUGACACAACACUUAGAACAAUAUUUUCAAACUAAUGAUCCUCCAGACCUACUUCCUACUUCCUUGUGGCUGGCCCACAAACCAACCAUAAGAGGGCUAUUGAUCAGCAGGGCCUCAUACAUCAAACGCACAUCCAACGAAGAAUACAUGACCCUGCUGCGCACAAUAUGGGACGUAACAAACACAUACACGACAAGCCCAGACAAGGCCCACCUCCAAUCAAUAACAACCGCCACAAAACAUCUAAACGACAUCCACCUAUCCAAGACAUCCCAUACAAUGUAACGUCUAAAAAUAAGACAAUACUCCCAGGGUAAUAAGGCGGGGAAGGCAAUGGCAGCAUUGCUGAGAAAAAAGCAAGCCCAAUCCAAAAUCCCUUACUUAAUUUCCAGCAAAGGGGAAAAAAUCUACAACCUCCAAGAUAUUAAUGAUGAAAUUCUACCACAAUUUGUACAAUUUAAAGCAGGAUGACACAACACACCACCCCACUGAAACUGAAAUAAGCAACUUCCUAGACCUCACACAACUGCCAUCACUGACACUGCAACAAAAAGAACUGAUACAACUACCCAUGACGAGCCAAGAAAUACUACAAAUCAUAGCAUCCCUACCAUCCGGGAAAUCCCUGGAACCAGACGGCCUCACCAAUUAUUAUUACAAAACAUUCUCCACCAUCUUAGCCCCACAUCUAACACCAGUAUACAACCACAUCAUUACCACAGGCACAAUGCCAAAGGAGAUGCUCAUGGCGCAUGUAGUGACACACCCUAAGCCAGGGAAACCACCAAAUGAAAGUCACAACUUACGCCCGAUAUCACUCCUUAACAUGGACACAAAAUUGUUGGCUAGAAUAUUUGCCAACAGACUGGACCAAAUUAUACCUACAAUAAUACAUGUAGACCAGGUAGGGUUCGUGAGUGGACGUCAGGGAGUGAGGAAGGUCCUAGACCUGCUGGGUGGAAUGCGGGGAGGGAGUGCGCCAAGCGUGCUGGUAUCGUUGGAUGCAGAAAAAGUUUUCGAUCGCUUCCACUGGCCCUUCCUCUUCGCGGUCAUAGGGAAGUUCGGAUUCCCCCCACAAUUCAUAGCACUGAUAAAGGUUCUCUACUCCUUUCCCUCGGCCCAGGUGGUAAAUGGAGGCUUUUUCGUCGAACAGCUUCAAUAUUUCCAACGGUUCUAGACAGGGCUGCCCCCUGUCCCCGAUACUAUAUAUACUCGCCCUAGAAGCCCUCACACAACUGAUUAGAAACAAUCCCAAGAUACAGAGAAUCAGGGUUAAGAGCAUAGAAUAUAAACUUACACUGUUUGUGGACGACAUCCUCCUCACACUACAAAAUCCACAUACCUCACUACCUGCACUACACAAUCUAAUUCAACAAUAUGGAAAAUGUUCUUAUUACAAGUUAAAUAUAACCAAAACACAAGCAAUGGGAAUUAACAUUCCACAGACUGAGCUAAGCCAUCUCAAAGAGACGUUCGCAUACGAAUGGCGUACAGACCACAUUAAGUUCCUAGGGAUAGCCUUGACACAGAAUUUAGCGGGUAUACACAAAGCAAACUAUAACCCACUACUCACGGAGCUGAAAACCUUGAUACACAGUUGGAAAGGGAAAUUCAUCUCAGGGGUGGGCAGGAUAGCAGUAACAAAAAUGCUACUUCUUCCAAGAAUACAAUACCUAUUCAGAACUAUCCCACUUGCAGUACCCAACAGCUACCUACGUGACGUACAGAAAUUAAUAAAUUCCUUUGUCUGGAAUAACACCAGGCCCAGGAUCGCAAAGUCCACCCUCUACAAACCAUUCCCAAUGGGAGGCAUGGGCCUACCAAAUGUAACAAACUAUUAUAAAGCAGCCACCCUGGGCCGGGUACUAGCCGUCAGCAGUAAUUCUAGACCCCCGCAGUGGGUGCUCAUAGAAGCGACUUAUACCAACAACUUUACUAUCUCUGCUCUUGCCUGGAUGACCAGGAAAUUACGACCCAAACACAAGGAUAUCCUCCCUACGACCAAACUUACUACAAAUAUGGGACCAAUUUGGGGACACAUAUAUAAUGAGGGGUGGUACCUCCUUAGCAUCACCCCUGGAAGCAUUAACAUUAGCAAUACCGGAAUUUAACUGCAAACUGUGGCAUAACCACCAUAUCACACAUCUUUACCAUAUCUGCCAGGGACCAACGUUGAAAACAUUUGCAGAGGUCCAAACACAAUAUGGGCUACCCGACACAGCACACUUUGCAUACAUGCAACUUAUAUCAUGGUUCAGGAAGCAAAAAAUUUGCUCUUAUCAUCCUGUAAAUGGUCUACAGCUGACGGAGAUGGAACAAAUAUGUCUCAAACUAAGACCACCAAAAAAAACUAUCUAUAUUAUAUGCUAAAUAUAGCACCACAGUAGAAACUCAAGCCUUUACAUUCAUCAAGGCAUGGGAACGCGAAAUUGGAACUAACAUUCCUGAGAGCCAAUGGGCCCAAAUAUUUCGGGCACACAGAAACCUCUCUUUGUGCACCUCUCAUGUGGAGAUUACGCAUAAAAUACUAUAUCGAUGGUACAUGGUACCGGUACGGCUCAAACGAGGCAACCCAACCCUGACAGACACCUGUUGGCGCUGUAUGAAUGACAAAGGGUCCAUGCUGCACAUCUGGUGGUCAUGCCCGAAAUUAAAGCAAUACUGGUCAGGCAUAACAAAAAUAAUACAUGAUUGCACGGGUGUUAGCUUGCAGGAGAACCCAGAAAUGUAUUUGUUACACCUAUUCCCAAGGGGUCUAAAUAAAAACCACAUAUACCUCAUAUACCACAUAAUAGUGGCAGCCCUUCAAACGAUUAGCAGGCUUUGGCGCAAAUUAGACCCACCGACCACGGCCCAAUGCCUUACAGCAUUACAACUGACAAAACAAUAUGAAAUAAUGGCAUAUCGUGGAACACUUGGGAGGUGUACGUGACAAACAAAAAGGGGUGAACCCCCACGUUACAACAUAUAGAAAAAAAAACACCUAGGUGCCCCAAAAGGGAACAACUCACAAUACCUAUACUUAAGCGUCGUAAUACAAGACAAUCUCAUAUGCAUGAGACGAAUGGGCCACUCCGACAGCUGAGACCAUAUCUAUGCCAUAAUAUGUAUGAAGUGAAUGUAUCUACAAAUUAUGCAAUAACAGAUAUGCAAAACCUCUCUGACCCCCACCAUCACUACCUCCCCUCCUGUACCCUCUCCCCACCCCAUACCCCAUUUACUGUUAGUAUGUUAAAAGUACCAACAUGCAGCGAACGAAGUAGGGAAUGCAAUAUGAGCUAAGAAACUGUUAAAGCGGAUGCAAAACUCACUGUGAAAACUUCCAUUGUAAUGUAUGCUUCGAUGUAUGUAGAUAUUAUAAAAUGCAAAAAAAAAAUAAAAAAUUAUUACAACGAUGAUAUCAUCCGUGAAAGUUAAGUUUUUGGUAUUUUUCACACACAAACGGCACUUACACUAACAAUAUAAUUCUUGUGAUACGUUUUACGGUUUUGAACCACUACAUAUUACAGAUUUGGUUGGAUUGACCAGAAAUGACUGUAGUAAAUAUUAAAUUUGCCACUGAGGUCAGAAUUAUCCCAUUUUCAAGGAAUGUUUGUUUAGUGAAUAACCAUGUAAGUCUCUCUUUUAAGGAUACCCUAGGCACCAUAAAUAAGGUUUGCAAUCAUUCCAAUUCGUAACCCCCCCCCCCAAAGUUUUGCAACAUAUCUCUAUCUUUACUAUAGCUAGCAGGAAAUUGUGAGGAAAGUCAUAUGUGGAUUUAUUGCACAUGACAAUAGACAUCGUAGUAUGGUGAUAAAAAAUAAGGAUACUUAGAGGUUUAUUCGAUAAACUGGGAUUAGUGAAAAAGUGGCAAAGGAUUUUAGGCCACAGCAUCCAAGCUACAAAAUAGAAGCGUUGCAUAAUUAUUUAAAAUUUUGCUAUUUUGGCCUGAAAUUUGCAUUCCUUCAAUUCAAUUUGUGAAUAACACCAGAAAUCUAUCAACAAAUCUGGCACAAUUAUGGGGCAGAUUUCGAAACUUGGAGUAGAAACCAGUUGAAUAUUUCUAGCUCUUAAUUCAGAACUUUAAUCAGAAGCUAAUUUACAGAAUGUUUCACUAAGACAAGAUUGAUUGGAUUAUAAAACUUUGCUUUUUGACAGAUGCUUUUAUUAUAUCGUUUUAAUCUUCAACAAUUCUAAAUCUGACCUUCAACCUUAUCUUUUCAAACAGGAUCCGACCUCGGGAUUAUUUUGGGAAAUAUUUUAACACAAGUAAGCUUCUGAUUGCCCACCCGGACUUCAUGAGAUACAUAAAGAACAGGUGAGCGACUAUGCAGGCAUCAUGACUGCCGUAAGAAAACAGCUAGCGCACAAAUCACUUUUAGUCGGUGCAAAUGAAUCAAAUGCCUUUCAAUCUGUGAAUGAAUACGAUAUCACAGGUAAAUCCCGGAUGGGUCGAUUUGUUAAAUAUGCAGAUUAAAAUCAUGUGACACACAUACAGACAACCACUCACUGACAUACAUACACACACUGGCAGACACACACACUCACUGACAGACAUACACUCACUGACAGACAUUCACACACAAACACUUAAACUCACUGACAGACAUACAGACACUCACUGACAUACAUACACUCACUCACUGACAGACACACACACACACACACACACACACACAGGCAGACACUGACAGACAGACACACUGACAAUCAAACACUCACACACUCACUGACAGACACACACACAAACACACACGUGUGUGUGUGUGUGUGUCUGUCUGUCAGUGAGUGAGUGUAUGUCAGUGAGUGUCUAUGUCUGUCAGUGAGUUUAUGUGUGUGUGUGUGUAUGUCUGUCAGUGAGUGUGUCUGCCAGUGUGUGUAUGUCCAGUGUGUGUAUGUAUGUUAGUGUGUGUCUGUCAGUGAGUAAGUGUAUAUAUGUCAGUGAGUGUCUGUCAUUGAGUGAGUGUAUGUCUGUCAGUGAGUGUCUGUAUGUCUGUCAGUGAGUUAAUUUGUGUGUGUAUGUCUGUCAGUGAAUGUGUGUCUGUCAGUGAGUGUUUGUGUCUGCCAGUGUUUUAAUGUAUGUCAGUGAGUGUGUGUCUGUCAGUGAGUAAGUGUAUAUAUGUCAGUGAGUUAAUGUGUGUGUGUGUGUGUGUGUGUGUACGUCUGUCAUUGAGUGUCUGUAUGUCUGUGAGUGUGUGUGUGUCUGUCGGUGAGUGUGUGUGUGUGUGUGUGUCUGUAAGUGAGUGUAUGUGUGUCAGUGUAUGAGUGUGUGUAUCUGUCAGUGAGUGAAUAUAUGUCAGUGAGUAUCUGUGUGUGUGUGUGUGUGUGUCUGUCGAUGAGUGAGAAUAUGUCUGUCAGUAAAUGUCUGUGUGUGUGUGUCUGUCAGUGAGUGUAUGUCAGUGAGUGUUUAUGUGUGUCAGUGAGUUUAUGUGUGUGUGUGUGUGUGUGUGUAUGUCUGUCAGUGAGUGUGUCUGCCAGUGUGUGUAUGUAUGUUAGUGUGUGUCUGUCAUUGAGUGAGUGUAUGUCUGUCAGUGAGUGUCUGUAUGUCUGUCAGUGAGUUAAUGUGUGUGUGUGUGUAUGUCUGUCGUGUUUCUGACUGCCUCUCUACUAUUUCCAACUGGAUGGCUGCUCACUUCCUUAAACUCAACCUGUCCAAAACAGAACUUCUAGUUUUUCCUCCAUCAAGUGCUGCUACUCCUGUGUCUGUCUCCAUCCAAGUCAAAUGCGCUACUAUCACCUCUACCUCGCAGGCUCGCUGCCUAGGGGUUCUUUUUGAUUCUGAUCUCUCUUUUACUCCCCAUGUCCAAUCGAUAACCAAAUCCUGUCACUUCCAACUCAAGAACAUAGCACGCAUCCGCCCAUAUCUAACGCCGGACGUGGCUAAGGUACUGGUUCAUGCUGUUGUUCUCUUUCGCCUUGACUACUGCAACCCCCUUCUCACCAGUCUUACAUGUUCCCAGCUUGCACCGCUGCAAUCUAUAAUGAAUGCGGCUGCGAGGCUUAUUUUCCUGUCAGGUCGCACCUCCCACGCCUCCACGCUCUGUCUGUCCCAGCAUUGGCUUCCAGUUAGAUAUAGGGCCCAAUUAAAAAUUCUGGCGCUUGCUUACAAAUCCCUACAUAAUGCUGCUCCAAUAUACCUAUCCUUCCUCAUACACAAGUAUGUCCCAUCGAGACCCCUGUGCUCAGCAAAGACCUACGCCUAUCCUCUGCCAGGAUCCCCACCUCUGAUGCUUGCCUUCAACACUUCUCCAGGGCUGCACUUAUUCUGUUGAACUCCCUUCCCUCCUCAAUCAGACUUUCACCCAGCCUCCACUCCUUCAAAAAAAUCUUUGAAAACUCACUUCUUCAUUAAAGGACCACUAUAGUGCCAAGAAACCAUACUCGUUUUCCUGGCACUAUAGUGGCCUGAGGGUGCCCCCAUUUACAGUGCUUUCCUAUGGAUGCUUGCGUGCUCUCACUGUGAUUUUCACAGUGAGAAUCACGCAAGCGCCUCUAGCGGCUGUCAAUGAGACAGCCGCUAGAGGCUUUGGGGGAAGGAUUAACCUAUUUAUAAACAGAGGUUUCAGAGAAACUGCUAUGUUUAUAAAAAAAAUGGGUUAACCCUAGCUGGACCUGGCACCCAGACCACUUCAUUAAGCUGAAGUUGUCUGGGUGCCUAGAGUGGUUCUUUAAAGCGUAUCAAUUAAACUGUCAGCAGGUUUCUCAUCCCCCACGCCAUGACUCCUUUCCUGAAACUGUCAAAAAUGACCUACCAAGCACUCAAUAAACCCUUCUCUAACAAACUAUGUAAUUCCCCUACUUUAACCCUUUGUGUCACUAUACCCCACUCCCUCUAGCAUGUAAGCUCAUCGAGCCAGGCCCUCAACCCCCUCUGUUCCUGUACAACUAGUGGUCUGAUCUCAAUUAUGUGUCUGUUAGUCCACCCACGCUCUACGGAAUUUGUUGGCGCUAUAUAAAUAAUAAAAUAAUAAUAAUAUAUACACUUACUCACUGACAGAAACACACACAGACAUACACUCACUGACAGACACACAUUCACUGACAGACAUACACUCACUGACAGACACACACACAAACACUUAAACUCACUGGCAGACACACACUGUGAAGAAAAUAGCAUGCUAUUCUGGACUUUUUAUUGCCAUUUAGAACUUUUUAUGUUUUAUUGGUUCGGUAGCUGUAACUACCGAACACUGACCACCCCCCUGGCUCAAUAUCUUCAAAAGAAACCGUCGAUUAAGCACUCUCCCUGUGUGGCCGCCGUUAGUAUAACCGAACACCGCGUGCAAGAGAAAAUGGCAGCCAUCUUGUUAGCAUGUAAGGAGGCAGCGGGACUUGGUCAUCGAGUGUCUAGAACUAAAAUCGGACACUUGACUUCCCGAACACCGGUCAAAGCAUACGAACACCUGCUUCCUUUUUCCGAACAGCUAGGAGACUGCUGUUCGUUAGUUUGGUUCCCACGAACCAGGGGAGCAAUCGCUACUAUGAGCCAGGGGGUUCCGUUCAUGCAUUUAUUCGGUUUGACUUUUCGAAAUAGACUGAUCGCACAACCUAAACUCAUGGAACUGUUUCUGGGCAGGAGCCUCGUGUGCGGUUGGUACAAAUGGGAUUUCCAUAAAUUUGAAAACCCCUGAACAGAUCUGGGUGAUUUUGGGAUAUGUUGGUCACCCAGAUCAGGGCUAUCAGGGGAUAUUUAUGGGGAUGCUAUGUGUUUUAGGAUACUUUCUAAGUUUUGGGGAAAAUAUGUUUUUACUGCCUGGAGAUAAUUAUCUAUAAUAUAAUUAAUAUAAUAAUCGAUAAUCUAUUUUAUAGUUACAAAUAGGAUAUCUAAAUAAACUCACACUCUGAUACCUCGAAAAUGCCCUUGUUAUUAGGUUCAGUGCCUAUUUUGGUCCCAAAUUCCUCUGUUUUCUAGGAGCUACAUAUCUUUAGUUUGUGUGACUAAAAAGGGCUCCACAGCAAUAAUACUCAGAGUAAUGUGAUCGUAAACUACAAUAAACGUGUUUCAAGAUGUUUGCAUAAAUAAAAUACCUUCUUCUUGUCCUAAAUUACAUUUAGCUGCUUUAUAUAUUGUUAAUUAGUCACCAAGAUGGUCUCAGAAUAACGCAGCCCCUGAUCACAUUUCCUACUCACACCCCAAGUUAAAAUAUCACUCUUUGUCAAUCUGAAAUGUUUCAAGGCAUGCACUCUGUAUUUUAUGAAAAGAAGUCAACACAAAAUGGCAGCUGUUUUAUUAAUUAAUUAUUCUGAGGGCAAUUUACAACUUUGCAGACAUCACAAAUCAACAUAAAAUCUUGUACAUAACAAACAUCAGAUACUGGGCAAGAAGUUGAUUAAACACAGGUCCAAUCUCAGACUAAUAUUAUAUAACUUUUAGAUGUAUACCAGAUUAUAGACUUCCGUCUAUUUUGGGCAACUUUUACUGAACUAUUAUCAAGUUUAGUUUGAACCCUUUCAAUAAUGAUGUUGACAUUUUUAUCAUUUUCAGGUUUUUGCGAUCUACCACAUUGAAUGGAACUUAUUGGAAUUUAUACAGGCCAAGUACAGGUGCCAUGCUUUUGCUGACUGCAGUCCAUCUGUGUGAUACAGUAAGUAUUAAAAAAACAUAUGGAAUGUUGUGUCUCAUACCUUUUUUCAUGUAGAAUGAGCUAAAAGGUCCAUUAAAAAAAACCAUACUCUUUAUAGAACAGUAUCUCAGGCAUGACCUAGAUAACCAAGCUCAUAUGGCCUGGAAAACAGAUUGUAACUGUGGACAAUAUAUUUUUUUAGUUUUUAUAACAUAAAGUUCAAAAAUAUCCACUCGCUCUCUAGCCAUUGGUGAGUAUAAAUUCAGUCCUAGUAAGUAGAAAAUUUAGUACUGUUUAGUAGAAAUUCACUCAUGGUCAGGGUGCCACGCACUGUCAAGGCUUGGAGGGGCAAGAAACUUUUAGUAGCAUAGGACUUGAAAGGACCAGUAAAACAUUAUAAUUUUUACCUCAAAAGAAGGGAAAUUAUUCCCGUACUCCAAAACAGAGAACAUGCUACAGUCUACAUAUAUAGAAAUUUAAUCUUCGCCAAUACAACCAUUGUCUUGAAAUCUAUUCAUAAAACAGGACUAUACAUUGGACACGAGUUCACGCAUCUAAACUGGAAGAAAGAAGAUUUAGCCUAAGACUCAUACUGAGUGAGAGGAGUUUGUAUGGGUCCCGCCGCAAUCGGAAACUUUCGGGUUGCCAUGGCAUUAUAGGACGCAGCAGCAAGCAGAGCCAUAGGGGGAAUAGUUCACCCCUAUACCAGAGGUGGUUGUAUCAUCCACAUGCUAAACAAGAAUUAAAGAAUAGUAAAUAAAUAUAUAGUCAAAAGUUAAAAGCAAUGCAUUGGACAACGGGGUAGCGACAUUAUGGAUGAAUAUGUAAGUGUAACUGUCUGAAUGUAUUCACGUGGUAUAAAUGCUGUAUAUACAGUGUAUGGGGCUUGGAAGCUAAACCUUAUAUUGGGUGCAUGGAAGCAUUCUGUGCUUCAAUUAUUGAAUACUGGUCUUGUGGCAAUGUUACAAAUACCAUAGAGACAACAAAGUAUAGAUUUCAAUGUAAUCAAGGAUUGCAAUACUGUUUACUCACCAAAUGGUGAGGGAAAAAAGAAAACCCCUAAACAUAUAUAAGAUCCCCCUCUAAAUAGCGUAUUAACCAACCACAUCAAAGAGAAAGGGAUCUAGAUCUAAGUGGGAUACUGGUGUGUUACUGGAAAUCACCCAGUGCAUGCCCCUGAGAUCCACCAUAUUUCCAAAAAGGAUUGAUAAAUAAUGGCUGUAGGAAAAAUUAUUAUUUACAAAAAAAUAGAGAAUAUUUUUUUUUUUAGACUCCUAGGCCAUACUGUGUCCAAAGUACUGAUCCAAAAUAGUUCUUUUUGGAGUAGAAGCAGUGGUGCUGGUAUAUGAUCAAUGACAAUGAAUUUCAUUGAUGGCAUAGGGUGUUUUGCACUUAGGAAAUGUUUUGCCACUGGUAGAUCAGAGUGUUGGUCUCAGUAGGCUAUUUGAAUACUGGAUCGAUGGAGCCUCAUUCGUUCCCUGAGCGGCGAGUCUGUUUUGCCCAUGUAUGUCAGUCCGCAUGGGCAUUAUAGUUUAUAACUACAUAGUCCGUAGUGCAUGUGAGUCUGUGUCUUAUAGUAUACUUUUUCCAGUAUGGGGAUGUGAGAACGUCUUACUUGGCGUCAUGUGGUUGCAAGUGACGCAGCCCAGGCAUCUGUAGCAACCUAAGUUUUGGAAAGAUUUGGAAGCAGCACAGCAAUGAAUCGGAUCAGUUUUAACUAGGAGGCCUCUAAGAUUUUUGCCUCUUUGGUAUGAUAUAAUUGGCAGUUCACGGAACUCUACCGGAAGGGAGUCAUCAUUACUUAGGUCUCUCCAGUUCUUGGAGAUACUCUGUUGGAGGUUCUGUGAGUUAGUAGUAUAGGUGGUUGGAAAUACCAGUCUGUUGGUAUUCUUGGUACUGCCUCGUGGAGCUUCAUAACACUUGUUUAGUGCUUUUUGUAGCACCUCUUUCUUGUAGCCUCUUUCACUGAACUUCUUCCACAUCUCUUCAAUCUGGAUGGUUGUAUUUUGUGGAUUCAAGUUAUUCCUCAGAACUCUAAGGAAUUGGGAACAUGGUAGGGAGGUCUUCAGGUGUCGUGGGUGGAAGCUAUUGGCUUGAAGAAGAGAGUGUUCCUGUCUGUAGGUUUAAAAUAUAGUGUGUAAGCCAACUGUUGUGCUUCUCUGUAUAUCCUCACAUCAAGGAAAUCGACGUGUGUAGUACUUGUAUUCAUCAUUGGUGUUUCCAAUUAAUUAAUGUAUUGUAGCAUCUUGGUUGUAGAGUCUGCUGUGCCUUUCCAGACCAUAAGGAUAUCGUUGAUGUAUCGAGGGUAAAACAAUAUAUUUUCUUUGAAGGGCUGCAAUUGAAGUUCUUGUUCAAAUACGUACAUAUAUCCAUUGGCAUACAUGGGAACCAUCGCCACGCCCAUAGAUGCUCCUGCUACUUGUCUGUACCAUGUAGUCUUGAAGCGAAAGUAAUUGUUCGUGAGCACCACUUCCAAUAGUUCCAAUAUAUACUCAAUUGGCGGACCUGUAUAAACAUUUGAAUUGCUUAGCAACGUACACAUUGCUUCAAUAACUGUCCCAUGUGGAAUUAUUGUGUGUAGACUUUUUACAUCACAUGUGAGUAAGAGCAUAGAAGUAUCAGGUAGUAUGGUGUCCUUGAGUAGAGUUAAUAGACUAUGUGUGUCCUUGACACAUGUGGGUAGCUGUUCUAUGGUUGCCUUAAACAGAAAAUCAGGCCAUUUGGCUAUGGGCUCAAGUAGGCCACCUAUAGCUGAUACAAUGGGCCUUCAGGAGGUCGUACUGGAUCCUUAUGGAUUUUUGGAAGGGUGUAAAUCACCGGUGUCCUUGGGUGUUUUUGGUUGAGGUAUGUAUAGAGAUCUUGUGAGAUGUAGUUCGCCUCCAAUCCUCUCUGUAAGAUGGUUUGUAUCUUUAGCAUGAUUCUUGUUUUUGGGUCUGAGGGUAAUUGUACAUAGGUAUCUGUACAACAGUUCUUCUUUGUAAUAGUCAUUAGUGAUGUCCCGAACGGUUCGCCGAACGGUUCGCGAACGGUUCGCCACGGACUCAUCAUUGAGUAAACUUUGACCCUGUACCUCACAGUCAGCAGACACAUUCCAGCCAAUCAGCAGCAGACCCUCCCUCCCAGACCCUCCCACCUCCUGGACAGCUCACUAAGAAUGCAGCAAUGAAUGUAAAAUGGAUGCUGUCCAGGACGUGGGAGGGUCUGGGAGGGAGGGUCUGCAGGGAAUGCCAUAGCCCCCCUCCCUGGCCAGGUAACAAGCAGGGAGGGGGAGGGGGGACAAAAAAAAUAAAACAUAAAUAUUAAAAAUAAAAUUUAAAUAAAAAUGCCCCCCUCUCCCCCAUUUUACACAAAUUACAUCCCUUCAGAAACACACACACUAUACAAACACACACACACUCUGCAUUGUAUACAAACACUACACACAAUGCAUUAUAUACACACACUAAACAAACACACACUCUGCAUUCAUUAUAUACACACACAUACACACAGUGCAUUCAUUAUAUACACACACUACACAAGCACUCAGGAAUGUUUAAUCAGGGGGCGGGGAGCCCCUUAUAAAGCACAAAUACAUCACAUGCAUAAUUACAGAUAACAGAGAAAAAUACAACAAUAAUUGGUCAGAUGUUAGGUGGUUUAUUCAAUGCACAUCCUUCUGGGUGUGCAUGUUACUGUUAUCAUGAAAUUCUUCCCCGGAUUCCAGCUCCAUCUUGGUUACACGAUGGGAGGGGGUGACUUCCAGCAGCCAAUUUGAGUAGUCACUGAAUAAUACUGAUUGUUAUGCAGAGUUAAUAGGCAUUUUACUUUAGUUAAUAUUCUGUCCACAACAAUAUACACACACACUACACAAACACACACACACUGCACAAACACACUGCAUUUACUAUACACACACACUACACACAAUGCAUUCACUUUACGCACACUACACACACUGCAUUCACUAUACACACACACACCACAUUCUACAUUCACUAUACUCACACACCACACUCUACAUUCACUAUACUCACACUACACAAACACACACACUCUACAUUCACUAUAUAUACAUACUACACAAACACUCACUGCAUUCACUAUACACACACUACACAAACACACCCUGUAUUUAUUAUAUAUACACUACACAGACACACUCUGCAUUCAUUAUAUACACACUACACAAACACACUCUGCAUUCAUUAUAUGCACACUACACAAACACACACUGCAUAAACACACACAGCUCCUCUGUCUAAACACACUGCAUCCACUACAUGUGGCAUGUAUAUUUUGUGCAUUUACCUUUAGAAAUAGUUUAUUUUUUCAAAACGGUAAAUGUACAGAAUAUCGUAGCUGUCCUUCCGCCGCUUGCCACCAAUUGUAACGGCACCCCAGGGCAUAAAAGGGUUAAACCGCCGUUCAGUAGAUCUUCCCUUCCAGAGACAGAGGCACAGCUGCUGCAGAACACCAAUCCGCCGAACAGGAAACCAUAUGAAUUCCGUAAACAGCCGAACCGGAACCAUCCGAAUGCUGUAAACAGCCGAAUAGGAAAAACCAUACGAAAGGUUUACACUCCUAGCAGUCGAACUGGAACAGCAUACAAUAAAUCCCCCCAAGAACGAGACAAAGCUCCGUGUUGAGGGUCAAGCAGUGAACAGCCAGAGCUGUGGGUUUAUUCUGCUUAUGUACACAUUCUUACACAUUAGUACCACCCACAGGGUUUUGGAACACAACCAAUAAACACAUACAAUACACUCAGACACUCCCACACAAAAUCAUCCCCUCUGCCUGUGAUACAAUUACCUUACACAAUGGGUAAUGUAAUUAUAACAAGCAGAGAAAUACAAUUUUUCCACAUUAUUCAUAACUUGAAAAGUAUGCAUCACAUUCACAUAAAACUUACAUUUUCAGAAUCAGCAUACUCCGAAUACAAACAUAUAUCAAAUUCAUACAAAUUGGUCGAAUGGUUCAAAAGAUAGAUCGUAGUCCUUUGUGACCAAAGGAAGCAUGGCUUUUCUGCCCAAAACCAGUUCCACAGAGUCUUCUAUCCUGGAGAUAAUUGGUGUGACGAAGUGCCCUUCGCCACUUGGUCCUGGAGAGGCCUACUUGCCAGCCUCCUCCCCUGUGACUAUGACUCUUUCAUGUAUCUGGCUUUAAAGCCCCUAGUCUACCUUCAGACAGACUAUUUAUGUAGGCUGCUUUAUUUAUCUUAUGUUUUAGUCACCCUGUACCCAUUAUAGGUGCAGGGUGUGUGUUAUGUAAUUGUUUAUAGUGUGUGUGUGUGUGUACUGUGUAAUGUAUUGCCUGCUCUCUUGUAUUGCUGAGGUUUGCUACCAACUAGGUGGGUUUGGCUAUGGAGCUUGUCUAGUGCCCUCUGUUGGUAGCAACAGCAAUAUGCACUACCUGAAUUGCAAGACAGGUUCAUUUGCAUAUUCGGGUAGAUUUGCAUAUUGCUAAUUCUGCAGGCAGGUGAGAUAUUUACUGUUAAAUAUUGUCUCCCCCCACCCCUUUAAAAAUGUGCCAUUGUGUUGUGAUAAGUCACUGUGUGUUGCUUGAUAUGGUUUGACUGUUUGUGAUUUUAUUGAGGUUUCACAACAAUGUUAUUGUGGUGACCCUAUUGGCUGGUCCCAAGGGAAAUAAAGGUUUUGACAGUUCUUCUUGAUCCCUCUAAAUGUAGCCUUGUCUCGUUAUUGGAGGGAGCUGUUAUAAUCACACUGGGGAUUGCUAUGCUCUGCAUGCUCCCCUGAGCUUGAGUCACUUAGCUCUUUUAAGAGCUUGUUCCUGACACGCUCUCCUUGGAGGAGGGGUCUUCACCACACAGUCCUGGAUGCUGGAGGUUCAUACAGGGUGGAAGGGAGAGUUCUUUCCCACACAGUCCUGGAGGACAGAAGCUAAUCCAGGGUGGAAGGAAGACGGCGAGACUCCAGUCAAGAUACGGCGGUUGCGGAGUCUGUGGUGGUUGUGGUGUCUGCUGCAGUGCUUGGGAGUCCUCAGGAAGCGCUAGGAGCAUCCAUCAACGGAGGGUACUCAGUCGGAGUACAAGGAGCUCCGUUACAAUUGGGAAGUAAUCCAAUUAUCUCCAAAGACAGAGGCAAAACUCCCUUGAACACAUGGCAGCAAAAGACAAUAAAAUACAUAAAAACAUAUAACUGUGCAGCCAUUGCACAAAACAGAUACAUUCAACAAAUCCCCAGAUAGCUCAGAUCUGAGCGCACAUUAUUACUGAAUGGCGCUCAGAGCACACACAUACAGUUCAAUUGCCAUGGAGCCAAAGUCUUUCCCAUAGUCUUUCAUUAUACAAAUGGGCUCCACGGCAUAGCUAUCUGGGGUAUCACUGCUCAAACAGGGCACGCACCGAAUGACCCGGCUUUCAUGUCUUCGCAGGGGAAAAUCAAGCCUUUCAAUAUGGGGCCAUAGUCUAAAGGCAGCAGGUGGGCAACCAGGCUCCUCCAAUGCACAGUGGCGAGAUUGGUCUCGUCACACACAUAUAUAUAUAUAUAUAUAUAUAUAUAUAUAUAUAUAGUAAGUAUACCCCAAUACCAAUGGUAAGAAGAACCCAUUAGAAAGUAACAAAUUACCCAUCAAUGGAAUAUGCAGGUUUAACAUAUAAAAGUAAAGGAGACAGCCUGCAAGAGAAACAGGCCACAGUAAAGAAGUCAAAGCACUGCAAAGUCGUAUGUACUGUGUUACAUACUAUCAAGCAACUCAAACCAUGACAGGGUAAAUAACUAAUUGUGGCAUUAUCUUAUAUAGCCCAUUAAUAAAGCCUAUUGGAAAGAGUCAUAUUUCUGAUGCCCGAGUGUUCAUAAGUCUCUGUGGCUCCAAAAAAAAAAGAAAGAAGUUAAGGAUUCUGGGGAGUGUAGCGCUCCGUGUCGAAAAUAAUAACACAAAAUGUUCUUAUGUGUACCAUGGUGGUAUCCAGAUGGAGUAGAGGUCUGACCAUGUAUUUAUGGAGUUAAUAAGAAUGGAGAGUAUCACUUUUCACUGAAGAAAUUAGAUAUUUUCCUGUCUAAUCUUCUUACUAAUCUACCAAGGUUAGAAUUAGAGUUUUUGCACAUGUUGUUGCUGCCCUUCAUCAUCACCUUCUUCCUCUUCUUUGGCCUGUGGUGAAACCUCACACACCAUGCUCCUGGGCAAUGAUGUGAAGGCAGUAACACUACAUCUUAAUGCCUUUUUCUAGUGUGUAUUUCAACAGAGCCACCAAAAUGGUCUAGAUAUCUGAAGAGCAUCUUCAGGACCCCAAAAAGUCACUUAAUAACACCUCUGAACCCGAUAGCCUGAAUUCCUUCCAAAAAGAAAACAAUAUGUGAAAUAUGGUCAUAGAAACAUGAAGGCAUGAUAUUUUAGAUAAAUGCAUGUUAGUAAUUAUUUUAAUAAGGAUUGAUAUCUAGGAUGCUAUUUGAAUAUAUCCAUUUGGCAUAAAGUUUUUUCAAAAAGAUUGUUGAGUUGUAUGUAACUGCCAUGACAGUUCCCUUGGAUUAUAGUUACCAUCAAUGUCCUCAGUUUAUGGCCACACACAACCUACACAUUUACUGAAUGUGUUUCCUAUUUUUGUUCCUUGAUUUGAUGCCACUUGGAACUCUUAUUUAAGCAUGUGUGUAGCUUAUGGUUCCAAGCACAUUUGAGAUUCCCUUUCAACAUAUCUACAGUCUCUGGAGGAAAAGUUGAUUUCUCAUAAGUCUACAGAAAAUGUUUUUCCUCCAAUGGUGAGGUUCAAGAUUUGACCAUUGGACAUCUGGGGUUUUCUUUUAUUUCUCUUCACCUGGGUAGUUGAGGAUCUCCAAAUGGCUGGAUAUACUUAUUUAGAUCCCUUCAUAGCUCUCUGAAGAUCUAGUCCCACUACUUGGUGGAACACAAGCAAUGAAUUGAUGAUCUCCUGUCCCUUUGUGUGUGGUUGUUGGACUCAUUAAGGUUUGACAAUGUUAGGGCAGACUGGGGAAACAUAUAAAAAAAAUAGUCAUAAGUGAUGAGCCGCAUUAUAUAUUAUACUAUAAUUAUAAUUUAUUUUUUGUUAUUUGUUCCUUCUGCAUUCCUUGUCAUAUGCCGCUUUAACACCAUGUGUUCAAUGUAACUUUUCCUAUCUCACCCCUGUUGUUAAUUGUAACGGCACCCCAGGGCAUAAAAGGGUUAAACCGCCGUUUAGGAGAUCUUCCCCUUCCAGAGACACAGGCACAGCUACUGUAGAACACCAAUCCGCCGAACAGGAAACCAAAUGAAUGCUGUAAACAGCCUAAUAGGAAAACCCAUACGAAUAGGUUUACACUCCUAGCAGUCGAACUGGAACAGCAAACAAUAAAUCCCCCCAAGAACGAGACAAGGCUCUGUUUUGAGGGUCAAGCAGUGAACAGCCAGAGCUGUGGGUUUAUUGUGCUUAUGUACACAUUUUUACACAUUAGUACUACCCACAGGGUUUUGGAACACAACCAAUAAACACAUACAAUACACUCAGACACUCCCACACAAAAUCCUCCCCUCUGCCUGUGAUACAAUUACCUUACACAAUGGGUAAUGUAAUUAUAACAAGCAGAGAAAUACAAUUUUUCCACAUUAUUCAUAACUUGAAAAGUAUGCAUCACAUUUUCAGAAUCAGCAUACUCCAAAUACAAACAUACAUCAAAUUCAUACAAAUUGGUCCAGUGGUUCAAAAGAUAGAUCGUAGUCCUUUGUGACCAAAGGAAGCAUAGCUUUUCUGCCCAAAACCAGUUCCACAGAGUCUUCUAUCCUGGAGAUAAUUGGGAAGUAAUCAAUUAUCUCCAAAGACAGAGGCAAAACUCCAUUGAACACAUGUCAAUAAAACACAUAAAAACAUAUAACUGUGCAGCCAUUGCACAAAACCGAUACAUUCAACAUAUCCCCAGAUAGCUCAGAUCUGAGCGCACAUUAUUACUGAAUGGCGCUCAGAGCACACAUAUACAGUUCAAUUGCCAUGGAGCCAAAGUCUUUCCCAUAGUCUUUCAUUAUACGAAUGGGCUCCAUGGCAUAGCUAUCUGGGGUAUCACCGCUCAAGCAGGGCAAGCACCAAAUGACCCGGCUUUCAUGUCUUUGCAGGGGAAAAUCAAGCCGUUUAACAUGGGGCCAUAUUUCAAAGGCAACAGGCGAGCAACCAGGCUUCUCCAAUGCAAUGUGGCGAGAUUGGUCUCGUCACGUUAAUGUACUAUUAAGUAAAAUUAGGCAUUUGGAUAAAUCAGAAUUUAGAAAAAAUGAAAAGUGUUAAUAAAUCUGUGAAUGCACUGUUAACAAUGUCUUACAUCAACAUUUUUGGGUGGAGAGGUGUACCUAUAUUGUUCUUAUGCACUUUCGAGAUAUAUGAUAUUUAAAGGACCACUAUAGGCACCCAGACCACUUCAGCUCAGUGAAGUGGUCUGGGUGCCAGGUCCAUCUAGGUUUAACCCUGCCUGCUGUAAACAUAGCAGUUUCAGAGAUACUGCUAUGUUUACACUGGGGUUAAUCCAGCCUCUAGUGGCUGUCUCAUUGACCGUCACUAGAGGCGCUUCCGUGCUUCUCACUGUGAUUUUUCACAGUGAGAAGACGCCAGCGUCUAUAGGAAAGCAUUGAGAAUGCGUUCCUAUGGACUGACUGAAUGCGCGCGUGACUCUUGCCGCAUAUGCGCAUUCAGCCGAUGACGUCCAAAGGAGGAGGAGAGUCCCCAGCACCGAGGGAGCCCGGCGCUGGAGAAAGGUAAGCCUUUAACCCCUUCCUCCCCGUAGAGCCCGACGGGAGUGGGACCCUGAGGAUUGGGGGACCCAAAGACCAUAUAGUGCCAGGAAAACAAGUUUGUUUUCCUGGCACUAUAGUGGUCCUUUAAAAUACUCUACAUACCUUUUAUUUAAUGAUUCUAUUUUUUAUAUACAAUUUCUACCAGUAACAUAUUGAACAAUGUAAAUAGUGUGAACAUAUAUCUACUAUUUAUUAGAUAAUAAAUAAAUAGAAACAUUAAUUACUUAUUUUUAUUUCGUUAAAGGUUAGUGCAUACGGUUUCAUGACGCACGAUUACCAAAACUAUUCUGAUCAUUACUACGACAAAGAUAAAAAGGAAACUACUCUAUACAUUAAUCAUGACUUUCUUUUGGAAAGAAACCUAUGGAGGAACCUGCAUGGGGAAAAUAUAAUUAAGCUCUACCUAAGGAAAUAAGAAUCAAAUCAAUCUUCUGGUGUAUUCAGCAGAACACCAACAGUAACUCCUUGGAAGAUGGCAAAAGUACUCUUGCUCCAGAUCCUGUGUAGUGGACAUUGAAUUGUGAAGUCAUUAACUGUUGAGUACGAUAUAUUAAAUAAUGGUGGAAGAUGUAAGAAAAAUUGAUAAAAUUGUACUCUGUUCUCCAACUUAAAGGGGCAUUCCGGUUAUCAUAACAACUUUAUCUCAGUUAAGUUUUUAUGUUGCCAGGAGGCCCCCAGGUGCACUCUAACCUUAAAGAGUUUAACCAUUCUCAAAAAUACCCCGAAAGUUACCUCCAGCGCCGAUCUCCAGGUCCCCUAGACGGCAUCCUGAUACUAAAACUCAGCUACAGGGAUAAAAAAAAAAAGGUACUUUUUUUUUUAUCCAGGGGCACCAUAACAACUUAAUUUACAUGAAGUUGUUAUGGUGAGGGAAGUAUCCCUUUAAAUGUUAUCAGUUGUAUAUAAUCUUUGCAAAUCAUCUAAAAAACCUGCUCUGCAUCAAGACGAGAAACAGCGUUUAAAUUAUUUGACACUUUGUUACAUUUUGAUAAUUUCUCUAGGGUUUUCUUAAAUCUCUAUUUGUUUUUGUUUUUUUUCCAAUCAAGUUUUACUUAUUUUUCACUUAAAAGGUUAAUGGCUCCAAACUUGACAGAGGUGUCUUUCUUUAUUUCCCUUUCAGUACCCCACCUCCCCAUCCUAUAAGUAGCAUAGCAUGGUCUAAGAGUUGCUAGGUGAUAUUUUGAAAAACAGUAUUCUUUUAGCAUUCAAAGGAAUCUCUCAUUCUCUCACACUGCUGAGGACACUGAUUAACUAGCCUUCAGUUUAAUGCUCCUGCUAUUUAUUCAGCCUUCUCUAUUCUUACGUUCCUUUGCUCUUACAGUAGCAUUUUUCCUCUACAAUUUUAUCUUACUACAUCUCACUCACUAAAUUAAUGUUUUCAGAACAGUUUUCUGCAAUACUCAUUUCUAUAAGAAUAAAUGAAUUUUGUUCUACAAUACCAGACACACAAGGUUGGAUUUAAAAGCAUUUGAAUGCAUUCUAUUACAAUAUAGAAAAUAAAUAAAUGUACUUAUACAUAUUUAAUUUGAUUUAUAUUAAAUUAAUGGGCAGAUUAUGUGUUAGAGUCCUGUACUGCACAUAUGCACAGUUACGGGCUAAACAGGAUUUAGUGUGAGUUACACUCCUCAGUGGUACCGGAUUCUAUUUUAAAGAGACACUAUAGUUACCAAAACAACUUUAGCUUAAUGAAGUAGUUUUGGUGUACAGGCCGAACCCCUGCAUGCUCACUGCUCAAUUAUAUGCCUUUUAAGAGUUAAAUCUUUUUGUUUAUACACCCUAUUCACACUUCCCUGCAUGUGACUUUAACAGCCUCCCUAACUAAACACUUCCUCUAAAGUAUGAUCGAAUGUUUACACUUCCUUUAUUGAAAAUGAUGUUUAAUUUAGAAUAUCUUAUCUACUGUUCUGUUAAUAGUUUGCUAGACACUACAGGAGUCUCCUGUAUGUAAUUAAAGUUCAAUUUACAGAGCAGGAGACAAAAAUGUUUACAGUACGUCACAUGUGAGAGCUGCAUAAGCAGAAAUAAAUGUGAUUUAACUCCUAAAUGACAGAGAAUUGAGUUAGACUGCAGGGAAAUUAUCUAUAUACUAAAACUAAUUAACGAAGCUUAAGUUGUUUUGGUGACUAUAGUGUCCCUCUAAUGACUGCAGUAGAAAUUACUCCUGGCUGUAAACACCUGAUUACUGGUAUACUGGGACAUGUAUUGCAGUCCUGAAAAAUUUUCUGCGAACAAUUCUGCACUUGACUUUAACCCCUUAAGGACACAUGACGGAAAUAUUCCGUCAUGAUUCCCUUUUAUUCCAGAAGUUGUGUCCUUAAGAGGUUAAGUACAGCUAACUAAAUUAUGGACACUUUUCACUUUUGACAAAUUAGUGUGCCAUGUUGACUUAUAUUACAGGCAACCAUAUGUAUAAAAAGUGUUGUCUUCUGAAAAGUAGUCUAAAAUAUUAAAUAUGGAUGGGCGUGGCCUGACUCUUCAUGUGAGCGGUUGCAUCUCCUGUGAACGCCCUGAUAGCGGAAUCUAAUAUAGCCAAAAGAAUACCUCAAUUUACCCAAAUGGACAAUAAAAAGAAAUCCGUGGCCUUUUCAAUCCAUUAUAGACACUCUCCAUAUACCUCGGAGAGAACUUUUCACCUAUCUCCGUUUGAAACAUUUCAUUCAUAAAAAUGUUAUUAACUCUUCUUUUCUAUUUGCCAAAAAAAUAGAAAUUAUGUUUAGCAAUCAUUCUAUUAAAAAGGUUACAUCUGUCGCAGCCUCCAUGUUGGAAGGUCUUAAGGAAUUCCCUCAUAAAUUGAUAAAAAUCUGGGAACAGGAAUUGGAAUUGGAGAUUCAUUUGGAAGACUGGAAUGCUUCUUUGAGUCAUGUAAAUAAAUACAUUCAUUGUUUAAAUCUGUCUGAAUGCCACUUUAAACUUCUUUAUAGAUGGUAUUAUACCCCGACUAGAUUAGCUAGAAUGUAUGAAUCCUACGACCCUAUAUGUUGGAGAUGUGGUAGUCAUCCAGGUACAUAUAUUCACAUAUGGUGGUCAUGCCCUGUGGUCCAAACUCUAUGGUUUUGGGCCUUUAAUAUCUUUAUGACGUUGACUGACAAUAGAAUUCCGGAAAAUGCUGUAUCUGCUCUUUUGCAUCUUAAGCUGAAUUUUAUACAAAAAGAUAUUUGUUUUGCUAUUCAUUGUCUAGUUGCUGUUAAAAUUAUUAUUGCAAGACAUUGGAAAUCAUCAAAGCCGUUUCAGAAAGGGAUUCUGAUUAACCAAAUCAUGUUCCAAAUCUCAAUGGAAUACGACUUGAUUAAAAGUUUCUCUUUUAAAUCGAGGAAAAAAGACUGGUAUUAUGAAUGGUUAGAAAAAUAUAAGGGUAUAUAUGGUAACACUUCCUCUGACAUAGAUCCUUCUUAUUAAACUAAUACUGGACAUAUUUAAAAACAGUUUAUUAUUAUAUAAAAUUGUAAUGAAUAAUACUGGAAUUAUAAGAUUGUACUAAAACAUGAAUGGAAAAUGUUAAGAGAUAUACUAAUAUGGAUACAGUUACAUGUUUUAUCAAUUUUUCUGUUUAGAAAUUUCCUUGUUCGGAUAAGGGUGAUAGGUAUUCCUACCGGGUGUUUACUUUUUUUUUUUUUUUUCGUGUUUUGUUUGUAUCUGUAUGUGGAUACUUUGUGGUUAUGUUCCAUGUUUUAAGGAACCUAUACGAUAUCAAAAAGAAGACAUGGAAAAGGAAAGGAAAAGAGUAAAUUAGAUGAUGUAUAAUGAUGAAAUAUGUUUAAUAAUAUAUGUAAUUAUGUAAUUAUUUAUUUGUCUGCUAUAUACAUUAUGAAUUUGACUGCAUGGUGUAGUAUAUUUGCUGUAUAUGAAAAAACUUUCAAUAAAAAUUAAUU